GCAUAUAAAAUCACAGUUCUGUACUCUGAUGGGAGCAAAAUGGCGCUACGGAAAACAUAUGAAGAUUUCAUUGAGUUGCAGGUACGUUUUAGUUGAUCGAAGUGAGAUACGAAUUAACUAAAUAUUUCUAGUUUCCACUCCGAAAUGUUCAAGUUGUAUAGCGAUACUCAGUGAUGAAGGGCAUUGUGUACCGGUGAGUUUAUUGAAAAUGACAAUCAAUAUAUAGUCUGUUUUUGUAAACAGCCUGACUGUUCGCCAGUUCGCAUUCUUUCACUGGAGAGUAUUGGACUUAACUGAUCACCCUGGGUUUAGGUCCAAUAUUGGAAGGAAAGGCAGGCGUUAAGUCUGUAGGCAAAUUUAAGAAUCGUAUUAAAAUUACAUUGAUUGCAUACUAAUUUCACAUGCAUACAGUCUAAAAUACAUUUUCGUAAAUCAAAAUUGAAAACCAGGCGUAAGAAAACCCUUAAAUGCGAUACAUCUUUUCGAAGAACACGACGCCAAACAGCAACGAGUAAUGUCAUCAUAACUUCAAUUAUUCAAUUCUCACAGUCGUAUGUAUUGUCAAUACAGUCUAUAGAUGUCAGAGAAUAUCUGCAGAAAAGAAGAAUUUAAUGCGCGCAUUAAAGUUUUAUGAGUGCUUGCGAACUUGAACAGAGUUUGCUUCAAACGCUAAGACAUUUAGAUGUGUUACUCAAAAGCUCAACAAGCAAGAACUCUUGUGCUGGGACCACUUAACUGUGGAUUCAAUAGGCUCUUUGCAUGACUGUGAUCACGUGAUCAACUUUCGGUAAUCACGGAAACAAUUCACUUUUGCAAAGAUUUGUUAGCACAAAUAGCAAAUAGCAUAAAUAGCUGAAAUAGCAUAUUAAAAUUUUUAACCUGAGUAUUUUAAGCCUUAUAUCUCAAGUGCUGCGAUUGUAACGGCCGCCAAAAGUUAGAAGCAUUUAUAUAAGAAAAACAACUUUUGCCACCCAGUCACGCUUGCAUGGUUUUCUGUCCUUGUGGAUUCUAAAAUUUUUGAACUGUCGUUAAAUCUUUCCCUUACGAAUUCAAGGGCUCAAAUUGCCUGUUAUGAAUUAAAAGGAGGUUUGAGCCUUGUAAUGCUUAAUAAAAUAUUUCAUGACAGUUUUGAAAAUGUCGAAUUUAAGGAUUUGUAUGGGAAACCAUGAAAGUGUGACUGGAUGGCAAAAGUUGUUUUUCUUAUACAAAUGCUUGCAACUUUCAGCGGCCGUUGCAAUCGCUACUUUUGAGACUAACGGCUGAAAAUCCUCAGGUUACCUCGGUAAUUUUGAUAUGCUCUUUACCCUUGUGCUUACAAAAUUUUCCAAAAGUGAACUGUUUUCGUGCUUACCGAAAGUUGAUCACGUGAUCAAGUCAUGAAAAGAGCCUAUACACGUGCACGUGCCGUGCACCUGCAUGUUACGUAACAUGAUGGCACACGUAACAACGUUUGGUAUAAUAAUAAUAACAAUCUUUUAAUAGGAUGCUCCAUCACAAGAGUGGUUUACAUAGAGGUCCUAAUUACGAGAUGUAUAUUAUAUAAUACAAUUAAAAUAUAAAAAGGUUAAAAAAAAAAAAAAAAAAAAAAAAAAAAAAAAAAUUCAAGCUAAAAUCGAGUUACAGAAAUAAUUAAAACAUACACACUACAAGUACUCAAUUAUAAAAAGCAGAAAAAAGACACUUCUUAAAAAUUGGAAAACUUGCUGAGUUUCUUACAGUUCUCUCUAAUUCAUUAAAGUCUUUGAAACAGUGGUACCGCGAACGUUGUUUUCCCCAAUUAUAUUUAAUUUUGGGGAGCUUGAUAGUAUCGUUAUUGCGCGUAUUGUAGGAAUGUAUAUCACUCUUUUUUUUACAAUGUCCAAAGAAUGAUUAAGUUGGCCAUUAAUACACUUGUAUGCAUAUAUACAUCGAUGACAUUUCCUACGUUCUUCAAGAUUCAGCCAUCUCAAGACAAUCAAUGCAUCGGUGGAUGAGGAGUGAGGUGAUCUAUCUAAUAUCAACUUAGCUGCUUUGUUUUGGAGAAUUUGCAAUUCCUUCAUAAGUGAGACAUUGUCCUUGUCACCCCAGACUAAAUCAGCAUAAUCAAAAAUAGGUAGCACUAAGCUAUUAUAAAAAAGUAACCGGGCUUCAUAAGGUAAAUAAUACUUAAUCCUACGUAGAAGACCAAGAAGGUUUUUAUUAACCUUACAUGAAAUAUACUCAAUAUGGUCGGACCAUGUGAAAGUUGAAGACAACAUAACUCCCAAAUAUUUAAAACUACUUACAGAAUUUAUAUCAGUGUCAAAAAUAGAUAACGUGAAAGAGGAAAUACCAACAAGUUUCCUAUUACUGCCUAUAAUCAUGGAUUUCGUCUUAGUAAGAUUUAAAGUUAACUUAUUUCCAUGUAACCACUGGGCAACUUUCAAGAGAUCAUCAUUCAGUGCCUCUUCUAACAGGUGUGGCUCUUUAGCAAAGUAGUACAGGACCGUGUCAUCAGCAUACAAAGUCACUUCGCAAUUCUUUAUAACCAGCGGAAGGUCAUUAAUAUAAACCAAGAAGAGAAGCGGUCCUAGAAUGCUUCCCUGUGGCACCCCAAAGGUCAUCGGGAGAGGGUCAGACACAGCAUCGCUACAGGCAGUCCGCUGUUUACGAUGAUUCAGGUAAGACUUGAACCACUGUAGAGUGCUGGGCGAGACACCGAUAGCCGACAAUUUAGAUAGCAAGAUCGUAUGGUCAACGGUAUCGAAUGCCUUGGUCAGAUCUAGGAACACUACACCGCACAGUUCUCCACUCUCCAUAUGCAAUAGGACCUCAUCUGCAAAACUGGUGAGAGCCGAUGUUGUAGACAGUUUGGGACGGAAGCCAAAUUGCUUGCUUGAAAGGAGAUUAUUUGAAUUCAGAAAGUCAUAGAAUUGGGAAUGGACGACUUUUUCCAGAAUUUUACUCAUUGUUGGCAGAAUAGAAAUUGGGCGAUAAUUUGACGCAUCUCUCCUAUCUCCAGUUUUGAAAAGUGCAGCCACUUUCGAGCAUUUCCAUAUUUCAGGAAAAUUGCCAGUGCGAAUAGAGAGAUUCAGUAACUUGGUGAUCGAGGGACAAAUAGCACGCGCGCCACACUUUAAAAAAGUCUCGCACUGAUGUUGUCCAAGCCAAUAGCUUUAUUUGUCUUUAGAGAAAGCAGAUGCUUGAGUACUGUUUUCUCAUCAACUUCGUCAAGCGAGAAAGACUGUAGCAUCGUGGCCGAUCUGACUGGGAACAUAGCAGCAGCUGAUAUUUUAUUUGCAAGACUUCUGCCAAUGGAUGAGAAAUAACAGUUGAGCACGGAUGCAAUAGAGGCUGGGGUGGUGUGUUCAACACCAUCAACUACAAUACAUUGUGGGCUCGAGGAUUUAGUCUUGCGCGAAGACACCUCAUUCACCGCCUUCCAGAUCUUUCCUGAAUCCCCUUUAGCCUCUAAAAUCAAGUCACAAUAAUACUUGGAUUUUGCUGCCUUGACUUCACGAUUGACCCUAUUUCUUAACUUUCUAUAGCGAGCCCAGUGAAAAGCAGAAUUGGUUUUCACGGCUUUACGAUGGUGAAAAUCACGAUCCUUCAUCACCUCACUGAUUGUAUCAUUCAACCACGGGAGCGGAACACCUCGUAUUCUUCGCCUUUUCACGGGCGCAUGCAGGUCAGCUAUUUCAGAAAACAAGUGAUUCCAAAUAAACACGGCGUCGUCGAUGUCUUCCUCGUUUUCAAUGAUGUGCCAUGGGACGUUAUUCAAGUCCGCUAGGAAGGUGUUCGCAUCAAAGUUUUUAUAAGAGCGGUAUUCAAUUGUCUUCGGUGGUGCCUUAAUUACACCUGCUUUUAAAACACAAUAGACGAGGUAGUGAUCACUCAGCGAAACAGGAACAACACCGGAGUCAUUGAUGCGGUGAUCAUUGUUCACUAAAAUCACGUCAAGCAAGGAUUGACAGGUUUCCGUCACUCGGGUGGCCUCAGUAAUGAGUUGCGUAAGAUCGUGUGAAGUUGCAAAUUUUUAAGCUCUUGUUUUUUCUUUCUUUCUUGAAAAAGGCAGCAUAUUUGCAUUUAGGUCGCCAAGAAGCACGAAAUCACAUUUUUCCAGGUUAACUUUCGUCAUAGAUAUCUCCAAGUUUGAAAUAAAGUUCGCAAAGUCAAAACCGGGGGCUCUAUAUGCACAACAAAUCAAUACUGGGCGACAUUUAGUGCGCGAUAGCUCAAUCCAUAGACAUUCAUUUGCGGCUGAAGAUCAUUCCUAACACGAAACGGCAAGCCUUCCUUUACAUAGAUUGCUACUCCACCAAAACCUUCUUUGGCUCCAGACCUAUCCAGGCGAAUGCAAUUAUAUCCUGGAAUAAUAACAUGGGAGUCUUCAUAGCAGUCAUCCAGCCAAGUCUCACUGAGUGUAAGAAUAUCGAUCGUUCUGUUAUCCAAACCCUCCAGGCGCAGCGAGUCUGAUUUGUUCCUCAAGCUUCGAAUAUUUAGAUGAGCAAGCCUCAAUCCUCGUGAACUCCUAACAUCCUCCAAACUCCUAUAUCCAGGGUUGAGUUCAACAUCUCCGGCAAGCGCUAUUAGAGCCAAGGCUAGAGAGCCAUGAAGUAUAAGCUUGCACGUAAUAAAGCCUUUCUGGAAAGCUCCGACUGCUUGGUGUUUUGCUGGACGCCGUGCCAGAGAGUGAAAAGAUUGAAUUUUAAUCCUGCAAGCUUCUUGGGAAGCAAAAUAUAGGUUGCUACUAUUGCUUAGUGGCUUCGUUGAUGAUUUGUUUUGUUUUAUGCCAUUCAAGAUAAGAAACAGGCAGAGCAGGAGGCCAAAAUUAACGGACAACGUGGUAACGCAUCCAGCCAUCUUGAUAUGCAAAUCUUACUCGUAUUACAUAAUAUCAUUAUGAUCGCUAAUGUAAGGAUAUGAAUCCGAGUAAUACUGAGAUUAAAGAAGAUAAUUAUACGCAAACCCCCCAUCAGUUCUCAGUACACGAGGAAGCCGUAUCUCAUUUUAAUGGUGUCCAUUGCUUACCACUUCCUGUGACCAGUUUGUUUACCGUGUUUAGUCACUCAUAAAGAAUGCCGAUGAGAUAGAGGGAGCAGGAAAUCACUUAUUAAUAAACGCUCCUAACUAAAAAAGGCGAUGAAGCUGUUGGAUUGAAGUGUUAGUUACUGUAGUUAUUUCCUCUAUUCCCAAUCAAACUAGCGUAGCAGGAAAUUUAUUUAAUUCUAAACUGUUUUUUGAACUACGCUUUCAUGCUGCCGCUCCGCCGAGUGCUCCAUUGUAUCAACACUUAAGCGUCUUUAGUGCACGCUGCUUCUGUGAACUCAGUUCUCUUAAGACGUACUUAAUUCGGCUCACUUAUUUCAUUUCGAUCGUUUUAGCUGCUGGUGGAUAUGAGAAAAUUAUUUUAUUGCUGAACUAUAACCAGUGCAAAAAAAAACUGUAGGUUUUAUAACAAACUACAGCUACAGUUAGUAUGAAUAAUAAUAAUAAUGACAAUGAUAAUAAUAAAUAAUAAUCGAGUGCGAAUAGUUACUAUCAUUGAUACAACUUGACUUGAUUUCCGUACCUAUAAAACUUCGAUCCUCCAUUCAUAUAUCCUCAGGUUAUUCAUGCUGUGAAAAUUGUAAGCUUAAGCCCUUUUAAAAUUUCCUUUAACUUCAGGGCAUGGUUUAUGACUUACUCAAGCAAAAGGGUGGUUAUUCAAAGAAGACUGCAAAAUCUCUUGUCAAAAGCUUACCAGGUAUUCUUUGCGUGGUGUUGAUAUGCUUAUAAAUCAUGAUUGCUGCUCUGAAAGGCAGACGGCAAAACAUUAAUUUUUUCUAAAAAUAUGUACUUUCAGUAAGUGAUCGGCAGCUGUUCGUCAGUAGGAUACCUAAAAUAUGUGUAAUUUCACAAUUGAUUUCGGCCUCAAUGUUUCAGUCGAUUGACUGUAGAUUUAAAAUCUUGCAUCCAAAUACUCCGACUGAGACUAUCAAAAGAUUGUUUAACCAUCAUGAAAUACUUAUUUUAGGUGAAAUUGAAGACUUCUUAUCGAAUGCAAGGUUCACGACCUAAGUUUUAUCAAUGAGAGAACUUAAAACAGGCUUUUAUUUUCUCUUGGUUUUAUCUUUAAACCACCGUAGUUUAAUGCCGAGGCGAACUCUAGUGCAGUAGUUUGUUCAAUUUUGUAAAACCAGUUUGUUUUUUCCUCAAAAGUCUAUUCUUGUUUAUAACAAAGUGGUCUUAAGUUUUUGAAGAGUUCAAGCAUCGCCUAAAGCAAAUGCAUUUUCAACUAUUCUCAAAAUAUUUUAUACAGUUUAAACGUCUUAAAUGCAACUUUUUUAUUUAAUUUUUUCCGAUUUACCACUCCAUGAAAUACUAUAACAUGCCAUAAUGCUAUUUGUUUGUCACCCCAAAAUUUUGCAUAAGCAUCGUUUUCAGUUUCUCUUGGGAGUUAAAAUGGCCCCAAGAGAAACUGAAAACAAUGCUUAUGCAAAAUUUUGGGGUGACAAACAAAGAGCAUUAUGGUAUGUUAAUGGUCUUUUAUGGAGUGCUUAUUUGUAAAAACGACCAUUGUUUAAAAAAAAAUAACACAAAUAUUUAUCUGUAAGGUAUCGAACAAAUGAAAUGUUACAACUCGUAAUUUGCAGUACCUUAUAGUGUUGUUGUUGUUGUUUUUUAAUUUCUUUUUUCCUUUUUUUGUCACCAUUUUUAUUGUUAAUAAAGUGCAAUAGAAAUUAAUCAAAAAUUAUUUUUGUUCAAAAGCUACGAAUGUAGAAUAGAAAAUAAAAUGCACGUUAAUUGAGGCCCUGUGUUUACAACGUUUUUUCAUAAUUUAGUUGACAAGACUUUUCUUUUUUCUUGCAGAGUUAAAUAAUUCCUUCUCCCAAAGUCUCUUCAAAGAGGACGAUUUGAAAAAGAUUGAGAGACUGGAAAAGUUUAUCAAGGUAAAAAACAUAGGUUGGUUAGGAUCGAGAGGAAAUUUUUUCUGUAGGGUGUGGAGCAAAGAACAUCGGCACCACACCCAAGUCAUGUCGACAAGUGUCCCAAAAGCUAAAACAGAAUACGAAUCCUAAUUGCUCGUUCUUAUGACAUUUCCUUGAACGGACAAUGCUCAUAAUCCUUUUUCUGUACUCUCUAUUAAAUAAAAAUCAAACGUGGGAAGCCUAGUUAAUUGCCGGCUCCAGCUAAUGAGCUGAGCUUCCUGUAACCUACAUCCUAGAUUAACACUAAACCGGUAUUCCUAAUUUCAGGAAAACAGUAAACGUGAAAUGUGAUUUGGCAGUAUGCUUUAUGCGUAUAACACGUCUGGAAAAGAAAUUGUUUCAGUUUUUUCGCUCAUUUUAUAGUAGAGUCAGGACUACUCCCAUGCUUUCCGUUAUUAAAGUUUUCAACAGUGGGAUUAUCACCCAGUUCGAUAUAUAAACUGGAAUUUAACUUAGUUAUGACAGGUUUAUAAAGCUGUACAGAAACCGGGCCGAAUCGGAUUUUUAUAGACCGUCCUACCUUAGUGUUUCAGACAAAACCUUUCCCACAUCAUGACUCUAACAACAACUCUUUUUGUAUUCGUAGGAUUUGCUCAUCCUUCCAGCUGUGGUCCGAAAUUCAGAAAGCGUCAACAAAUUUUUUGGUGCAUUUUUGGAAAAAACAGUAACAUGUGAAAGGUUUGGCCGAAGAAAGUUACCUUUUUAACUAAAGAGUGACUGGAACAUUAAAAUCUAAUGAUACAUUUUGUUACUUAGGUCAAAAAACGAGGAAGAGUUAAAAAAAGUCAAUAAAGUGGUCGAAGUUUUAAGUGGUACGUAAAUCUUAUGAUUAAUAUCCAAUUUCCACUCUCUAUCCAUCCAUCCAUCCAUCCAUCCAACGGUCCGUCCGUUCUUCCGUCGAUCCAUCGAUCCAUCGAUCCAUCGAUACAUCUGUCUGUCCGUCCGUUCAUUCAUUAUUCAUUCAGUCCGCAUCCAAUUUUUAAAGAUUGAAUUAAAUUGUCGUUUUUGACCGUUUAUGGUAUUUCCUCUUUCAAUAAAAAACCAUUGUCCUGAAAACUAUUCUUAAACCAUCCAUUUUUAGGACGAGAUCCUCUCCGAACCUUACCAAGGAGUCCAUUGCUCGGUGAUAGAAAGAACAAUGCAGAGUUAUUUCCAGACGAUCUAAAGCCCAAAAGCAAGAGUCUUCCACGGUCUGGUCUGUUCGGGAGAACAACUUCUGAGCCAGGUAUCAAGGCAAACACUAAUCGUGCACCAGUCUUGACAAAAAGACAGUUUAGCGUUGGUGUUGGCAUUGCCGAGAUGUUCAAGGGCAACUUAAACUUUAUAUCAAACAUGACCCAAGCGGAACAUUCGCAAAGUGCUGAUGCGCCGCGCAUUCAGCCUCCUAGCGAGACGAAGGAGAAUCACUCCAGAGGUGAAGAUACCACUGGAGAUACAGCAGAAACCAUAACUGGAAUAGAGGAGCCUUGUAUCCAAAUGAAAUCAGCUCAAAGUGAAAAUAGCCCCAGAGGAACAAAGUAUUUGGCUAUCUCGUCAUAUGUUGCGGUGGAAAGUGGUGAGAUGUCUCUUCAAUCCGGAGAAGAAGUCGAAGUCCUCGAGAAACUUUCUAGUGGUUGGUGGUAUGUGAAAAAGGAAAUCGGAGAGGGAUGGGCACCAAAAACAUUUCUUAAACCUGUUCAGGUAUUCAGGUCAAAAUUUCCCGACACACUGGAUCUAUCUCAAAGCAAAGAAACAUUGGAUGGCAUUUCGGAAGAGAAAAUCGUGAGAGAGAGUGAGAUGGGAUUCCACGUGCAAGAAAAACAGAAGGUAUACUUCAUCUCAUAGGUCAAUUAUGUUCUACUGCACAAAAAAUACCAUAACUGUUAAUUCUAUUCCUGGAAAGGUCUAAAAAGGUUUCCCUUUUUUGAAUUAUUAGUUUUGGAUCAUCUUCUUGCAUUCACCAUUUUUAAUCGUCUGAGUUCUGUUUGUCUGUCGAUCGCUGUAGCAAUUGAGUGUAAGGAGUAUCGAGAGCAUGAGAAAACGUGAAAGACAACGAGUAUAGAACUUAACAGAAGUGGGAGCAUAAGGCAAAGGGAAUGCAACUAAAUACGUGCGUUAAUGCACUGGCGUAUUUGAUCCGCUUACAGAUAAAACCAACCCGCCAGUUCCAAUACUAGUAUACAGACUUGUAUCAGUAUUCAGCAGAGAAGACUCCCUGUGUUAAGCGUACGAGUCUUAUUUUUUGAGAGAAAAAUCUGUAUUUAGCCCAGGCGCGUAGCUGGGGUUUGAGAAGGGGUGUUCAUACUGAUACGGAAACCGUAAAAUUCCGAAAAUAAGCCCCGGGGCUUUUAUUUUUCAAAGGCCCUUUUUGAGGGGCUUAUUUUCAGAGGUGCUUACAUUCGGAAGGGCUUAUCUAUGGAGGGAAAUUUGCGAUUCAAAAUCGAUUGGGCUAGCCUUAUAGUUGGAAGGAAAUUUACCUUUUUUGCUUUGUUUUACUUUGCAUUUGAGGGCAAUUGCCAAGUACAAGCCCCCGGGAGGCUAAUAAACCUUAUACCUUUUAGACUAAAAGGUAUAAAAGUUGCAUGCUUAGUCAAUUACCUUUGGGAAAAUAACAUAAAAUACUCGCUGAUCCGUUUCCUUUAGAAGCCAUUUUGUCAAGACCAACUCUAUACUUCAUGUAAGGCUUGUAAGAAUUUCAUUUGUUCUCAACAAUGAAUAAGACUUUCCCGAUACUGUUAGCGUUUUCUUGCAGGGUAAUUCAAACUGAGCUAAAACACUCAAAGUUUGUUUUCCAUUCCUCCACUAUUUGCUAAAAUCUGAAAAUUAACAGCUUGUGUUUUUAGUCCUCCAUCAUUGAACUGCAAAGGGGCCUCGUUCAAACCCCUCGAACCCCCCCCCUCCUACGCGCCUAAUUUAGCGGAUAAUUAGCAGGGUUCCCCUGGAUGUCCAAUAGAAACAGGGGUCAUUGUAAUAUGCGUACCCUACAUACUCGGUUGUAGUUUAACAAUAGUAAUCCGUUUCUCAAAUAUGGUCUCUUUCCUCUGUUACGUCAUAUAUGAGUGUUAUAAAUGAAUGUCUACAGUAUUCCGGAUAGCUUAUCAUGUCACACACGGAAAAUUCCCCGGCUUGGUAUGAGCACAUGUUUAUUUUGCUACUGGUACAGAUACCUAUUUGACAGGCGCCAUCUACUUUAAAGAUCGGCGUGGCGUAGAUUCGCUCCGAAAUCGCCUUUUUUCUGUUUUAACAAAAGCCCAAUUCGAUAUGGUUUUUGGCAGCAGUGUAGACACAAACUUAAUAAAUAUCACAAGCGUAAUCGAUCAAAAUGACGUAAUAAGGAAAAAGAUAUUUGCAUUUUGGUGGUAAGAGUAACAAUAAGGGUAUAUGAAAAUAAACCGCAUCUUUUUUUUGGAAAAGAUCUCCCUAAACUUUCAAGUGCUCCCAUGUGUGUCACAAAAAUUCGUGUAAAGACUGUAAAAGUUUGAAUUUACAACAACUUAGAGAAGCAUGCAUAAUUAUAAUGAUUACAUACGAAAUUUAGUAACUACAAAGAAAAGAGCGCAGACAGAACCUGAAGUGUUCCUGUUGACAUGUUUAACUUAUAGCUUCCUUGGGUUAAAGGUGAUAUUUCAUGGAGGCAUAAUCUACAGUUUACGAAGCAAUCGGCAAGUUUCGGAUCUCAUUAAAAGUUUGUGUGAAAAUGUUAGAGUACCUAUCAGAAGGCGUGUAGGAAAGCAAGAACAUAAUAUCUUAUCUUUAGAGAAUGUAUAUAUAAUUUUUCUAAAUAGUUAGAAAUGCGGAAGUACAUGAACGUGACCAGUAUAGCACCGGUGGAACAAACGUCAUAGCCUUAAACUCAUUGUUUUUUCAAGCUUCCUCAAGAGAAGCCAAAACGAGGUUAUAAAAGCAGCUGAGCAUAUUUUUUUUGUUACUUAGUCGCUGAGUCAAACCAGUGAAAACGAGUCACAAGAAACGGAAUCAACUGAGAUGGACCGAAGGGUAAAGCUUGUUUCAGUGGAAGGAAUUCAGAAACGCAAGACCCCAGAUAAAAAUUAUGUAAGUAUUUCGAACCGGUUGGUUAGUAAAUCACCUAGUGAACGGCGAAUUCCAGAAUGCCUUAAUCUUGUUUUCAAUGAAAACGGAAUUCAGCAUUAGAUUUUAAAGCUUAGAAAAUGUCAUUAAUUUUCGAAACACUUUGUGCACUGAAAUGUUUUCCAAUUACCGUCGAUAAAUUGAUCAAUGAUCGGAUUGAAAGGGGAGAGCCGGACUAUUGUUGGUCUUGCAAUCAGUAGGAUUACCAUUCACUAACCGAUAGACCUGAAUUAGUUCAAUUUAUUGUCUCUGAGCUACUUUAAUCGACUAUCUGUUGUUCGCCUAAGUGCAGAUAACGGCUCCUCGGUAUACGCAAACAUUAUUAAGGUGACAAACCACUAAAAAGCGUACAUUUAUUAAUUCGCUGUAUGUAUUAGCUGUCUUUUUUAUGUUAGAUGUUACUUCUUCUUAUUUAGCAGAUAUUGCUGAAGAACGCAUCGGUGUUUUGUUAAAGGGCUUAAGAAAUGUCCUAAAUGCAAAAUUUUGCUAAUUUGCUCCCGUCUAGGUUUACAUUCUCAAAGUGCUGUGGUCAGACGGAAGUAUUAACAUCAUCUACAGAAAGUGCAGUGAUUUCUUUUUUCUACAGGUUUGAAACAUAACUGUCUUAGGCGAAGGCCAAACGUGGAACUUUUCAUGAAACUAACUAAAUUAUAAUUUGGUCUGAAGGUUGAUCCAAACUCCUCGAGACAAACUUAACUCAAGACAGACGUCGAACUUUUCAUGAACUUUAUAUCGGAUCAAUUUGGUUCUUCUUAUUAAUGAAAAGUUCGAUGUUAAUGGGCAGGCCUUAGUCUUAAAUAAAGUUCUUCAUCUCACUUAGACCAAUUUUAGAAGUCGAAUUUUUCCUUGAUCGAACCAAAUCUAAUUGCAAAUGAGGCAGAACAAUAGACUUUGCCAUUAAAAGCAUUAUAUUUGGCAGAGUGAACUGAGUUUGACUCUUGAUACAGACCUUAGGAGGAGAAGUUUCCACUUCAGUGUUGGCCAAGUAUCAAAUUUUCUCCUUGACGAUUCCAUCGUUGACGUGAAUCCAUGAUUUAUAGUACAUUUGGUAACAAAGGGUCGAUACUGUUGCCGGCAUUUCUUUUUCAUUGGGAGCUAGCGCCGAGCUAUCAUUUUCAGCACUCCGUUAGAGUUUUUCUUAGCCAAGGCCGAAUGAUAUCACUCAGUCUUCCUUUUCAGACGUUUGAUUAAUUAAUUACAUAAUUAUAAAUAAAAACUAUCAUAUAUGAACUGUGGAUACAAAUUUGAAUAGAGAAAUAUUAAUCAAAGCUAAUAAGUAUAAUUCAAAUCCAAUGAUCUUCGCUUAACCCGCCGGUUUGAUGCAGUCCGGUCAACUGUGCCAGUCGUUAUUGACGUCCGAACCUGGUUAAGUCUUUAUUUCAUUUGAUUUGUUCCUAGUAUUGGUUAGGGAAAUUCAUCGCUUUUAUCAGGAUUUGUGUUUGAAACAAAUUUUCAAGUGCAUUUAAAUCCUUUUCUAAUGCGGCACCCAAAUUGGGAGCCAAAUUGAAGUUGUUUUUACUAAUCGAUCAGUAAAUAAAGACAUAGUCAUCUACUGAAAAUUCCUUUGAAACCCACUUGUUUUUAACAUAAAAACGCAAAGGCGGGUAAUUAAGCUAUCUUUAUACCAGUUGAUAAAGGGAAUAGUGAGAAAUAAUUUCCAAAUGUGAUCGUUGUGAAAAUAUUGAUUGUUUUACCUAUAGGAAAACCUCAAAAAAGAAUUUCCGAAGGGCACUGGCAAAGAAAUUCCCGUGUUAAAAGGUGAGAAAUUAAAAUGACCUAAAUGCUCCCUAAAUUAAUUCUGUGGUCACAAUGAAGUGUUUAGUUGCUAAAGAAACUAUGGUAUCGAUACUGCGUUUUUGGGAGAGGAAAGCCGACGAAAGGACUUCAGUUUGUCAAUAUUUUAAAGUAGGCUUUAAAAUUUCAUUUGAUCAACCUUAGCUAUAAUUUUUGUUUUGGUCAUAACUAGUUAGAAUCUCCGCGGUCAUCAAGUCUACAAAACUGAUUCAAUACAAUUCUGGUUUGACUUGUUCUUUUUCAGGGAGAAAAUUUUCUGAAAACUGCGAGUUUUGCUUCAAGGAUGGAACAUGCAAACGAAGACAGUCUUUGAACAAGUUUUUUCACGUGAGUAUAGAAACAAGAUGAAAGAAAAUUGGUCAGUCAAAUUGUGGAAAUCUACUCAUUAUCCCUUCGCUAUAAAAGCGAUUUCCUUAAAUCUAAUGGCUUAGUAAAUUGCUAUUAUUUAUCUUGUGUAUUUUCCCAGUUAUUAGGUUUUAAUUUCAUACUAAUUUUCCCUCCCUUUAUUAUUUAUAAGGACCUUAUCAACGCUCCUGAUGAUAUUUCAAACAGCCAAGCUGUCCUCCUCUUUUGUCGGGCUCGACUCAGUGAUUUGCGCCCUCAUGGGACGUAAGUAACGUGAUUAUUCUGAUGAACACACGUAGCUUUCUCUUUGACCUCAGAUAUGUCAAUUCUGAUUAACAUCAUCAUUAUGUUCACCGUCACCACCACCACCAUCAUCAUAAUCAUCAUCGUUGUUCAUCGUCGGCAUUAUCUUCGAACGUAUUCAUGAUCAUUAUGGUUAUAAUGUCUCAAAACCAGAAGUAGUUAAAAAUUAUACAAUUUGAGACACUAACCAAGAGCUUAGGUAAAGAAUUCGAAUCCUGCUACUUCAACUGAUUUUAUUAAUAAGAGGGUUAUCUUUUUCUGUCUGCAUUUGUGUUAGACAUUAGAUUUAAUUUAGUAAAAUAUAUUACAGCGGUCUUACUGUUUUAUUUCAGUCCAUUUCUUAAAUUGUCAGAAAUGGAAAUAAAACGGUAAGACUGUAAUAUAACUUUUACGGCCAAAAAUAGCAGAAAGUAUUCGUUUCAUAUUUUGUUUUGUACUUUCUUCAUUUUCAGAUCUAGCAAAGCUAACAAGACCAAUGAAAGUAAGUGACAAAUGCAAACUAUGACUUGAGCUUUUCUUUUUUUCUUUCAAAAGGAGAAACAGAGAGUUGACUAGAGAUUGAAAUUGCCUCAGCCCUUUCGAGUCCACUUACUCUCAUCGUCCGACAAAGUCCCCAACAUACUAGCUAGGAUAAGGAACUACACAAACUAAGAACAGACGAUGAUGGGAUGAACAGUGCUUUCUGUGUAUUCAAGAAAUAAUUUUCAAGUGGGAAUUUCUUUCUUAACUCUUUUUUUUAUUGCAGGUGAUAAUAACGACAGUGUUCAGAUAUCAGGACCUGUGGUGUUUGAGCAGUACAUAGCCAUUGCUGACUACAAAAAGAAGAACAAGAACGAUAUUUCACUGACAGCUGGUGACACUGUUGAUGUUAUCGAAAAGAGCGACUUUGGUAAGGAAUAUUAAAGCAGAUUGAAGCAGUUUUUCAGCCAACAUUGUUUACUUCUUAAAUCUAACUUAAGAAACACUUAAUCUAACUGUUACAGCAUUCUAAAUCAGUUUUAUUCAUAAGUAAAACUAGAUUUUACGUCUUAAUCCUUUACAAUUAUCCGGAGCGGUCGCUUUUAACCUCAAGUUGAGCUUUAGUAAACGUACCAUUACGUCUUAUUCGGACCGGACAUACAAGCUUAAAGCUUCUACCAUGUGACUGUUAUUUUUCUGCCUUAACAAAGCUGAUUUUUUUAUGAAAGCUUUCCUUUAUUACUGUGAAAGCGGGGUUUUUAUCAUCGAUAAAUGGAGGAGCAAGGCAAUACAUAGUUGGAUUGUUCCAUUGAUGCAUACAGAGCGAGAUCUAUAGAGCAAAAUUAGUGCCAGCUGGAGAUAAAUAUCAAUAUGGAUCUUUAAUAAUAAUAAUAAUAAUAAUAACAACAAUUUAAUACAUGUACUAUUCUUUUAAAGGUUGGUGGUUGGUUGACCGUGAUGGCGAGUUAGGCUGGGCUCCUGCGUCACAUCUGGAGCCAACUGAUGAUGGGGCAGAGAUCACUGCCUCCAGAACCUUUGCACCUGGUCAAGGUAGAUAUUACACAAGCUUAUGUAACCUUAAUUAUGAUUGAGCAACGCGAAAAAACACUUAAACAGGAAGAGUAAAUUAAAGUAAAAAGCACAACAGAUAUUAUAUCAUAUUUCUUAUCAUGAAUGGUCUUUUUUUUGCUAUAAAGAGUGAUUAACACGAUUGAAAGUUUGGCCUAAACUACACCGAUAAUUUUGGAAAGUUUCGUUCAUAAUACUUUAAAGGUAACCUUAUGCGGCAUAUUAUAAGUAAUAUAACCACGUCAAUAAUGAUGGUUUUUUUUUUCAAUUUUAAUGCGCAGAGGAAGCAUAUCAGUCGAUGCAAAGCUAUAAAGCAAGAGCUGAAGACGAACUUUCAUUUGACAUUGGUGUUACCCUUAAAGUUGUAGAAAAGAACUUAGAUGGAUGGUGGCUAGCCAGGUAAGACAGUGACGGAACGUUUUUAGCAGUGGGCCCCAGACCUCUCACAAAAUACUCUCCGACUCACCCCAGGCGAUCGCUAUUUAAGGGGUUGUCACAUUUACAUGGUUUUUAAGUUAGAAAAUGACUGACUGUUUUUACUUUUGGGUCAAUCGUUUGAAAAUUGAGUGAUUAAGAGGUAGCAGUAACGAGUUUGCCAAACGAUAACAGGCAUAAGUAAUAUUAAAACCUAUCUACUUUUACACUUCUUAGAUACCAGGGCAAAGAAGGCUGGGUGCCUGCAGUGUUUCUGUUACGAGUAGUUGAGUCUGAUGAUUCUUCGCCUUCAUCUAGUGGAAAAAUUUGUGGACUGGGGGACAUUGUGUCCUCUCAACGGGGUAGGUGAUUUGUUGCAUUGAUUAAUUUUAUAUUUACAGUUUUGAACAUUUCCUUAUUCCUUCCGUGUAGGAACUAGGUAAGGGAAUUUGCAUGGAUCUACGUUUUUCAUUUUAACAAGAGAGCUGAGCAGUCACACCUCAGUAGUUUCGACUCCAUACUAAACCAUAAUAAAUGCUUAUAGUUUAAAUUUACCUAUUUGGUGUUUUUCUACUUCAUCCUCAGGCCAAAUAACAUUUCGAGGUUUCCUUUGUUCUUUUCUACGAAAGAAAAAUCAUGAUCCAAAGUAGCGUUACUGAACUGCUGGGCAGGCGUGUCGCUCAUUCUUUUUCAUGGCUACUUCAGUGGUCUCCCUCGCAGCCUGUUUUGUCACGUCACGAACGCCCUUCCCCAUAACUCCAAUCCCUCUUUCUAGAAUGUUUAUACUUUUUUACUGGGCUUCGACCUGACCUAUGGGGAGGGCCAGGAAGGAGACACGCAAGUACCAUGCGGGGUACCCUCCCCUACCCCAUUCCCACAUUCCGUAAAGACAGAUCACCAGUGGUUGUGACCAGGGUUAAGACUAUGAGGUUUGGUGUGGCUGUUGCCGUAGGAAUUGAUUCCUAUCUUCCUUUCUAAGUCUGGUAUUUAACGAUUGUAACCAACUGAGCUAACCAGUAAUCCUAUAACGUUAAUUGAUUAACGCAACCAUUUUUUCAUAAUAGUUUCUGAAGAAAGUGACAGUGUGACAGGCCGAAGAUCACCUCCUACGAGGCGAAGUAUGGUAAGUUCUUCCUCUGUCAAUUUUUCGUCAACCUAGCGUUACUUUUCACCGCUUCUAUCUUACUUCUUUCUUUAAAACGUUUCUAUAUUUCAUGAAUAGCUUAAUAAACGAGGAGUUUCAAUAAUCGUUGGACUUUUAUAAGAGCUAAACCCUUAAAUGAGUUCCAUUACACUUGAAAACAUUCGUAAAAUUGUAAUUUCUUUUUUUUAAAUUCGUAUUUCCUUAGUAAUGGAUUAUCAUCGAAAAUUGCAUUUACUAUUUUUUCGUUUUCCGGCAGGUUAAGCGAUCGAUCAAAAAGAGGCCAAAUAAAAAUGUCACUCCUCCUCAGCCUACUGAAACAAAGCCGAAAGAAAAGGAACAAAAUCAGGGAGAUACGAUAUCUUUUUCAAGCGGAUAUCAUACCUCUUCAAGCAGCAGUCUGUCCUCUCUAGUUUCAGAUGUUUCUAUACCUGAAACGGAAAGCGUUGUGCAGUGUGCAUUACCGGGUAGUUCUGAUAGCUGUGUAGUAAGCACUGCUCCAAAACAGGUUUACUCCAGCUCAAAUCUUGUAACAACAUUAGCACAGGAUGCGAAUACAUCCGGGUCUUCUGUGAAUGGAAGUGCAUUGAGCUCAGGAAGAAGAAGUCCCAUUCCAUCACCAAGAAGUAAAAGCCCCAGACGCAGCCCCCAGCCGAGAAUUGAUGAAAUUAAAGCAACUCCUGUUGAGUCUAUGUCUGAAAAGGAGCAAGAAAAUGAUUCCCAGAACACGAGGUAUCAAGCCAUAUACACGUACAUCUCUCAAGACAAAAACGAAAUUUCCAUCAACGAGGGAGACAUAGUGGAGGUACUUAAGCGGAGCAGCAAUGGCUGGUGGCUUUUAAGCGCAAACGAUCAUCAGGGUUGGGGUCCAUCAAAUUUCUUGCAACCAGUGUAAAUGGACGGAACUUUUAUUUAGAAGAGGAAUCUUUCUGGGAAUUCCGGAAUGCUUGCUCAGUCAGGGAAAUGCUACUUCCAAAGUGAAAUAUAAUUUGAAAUGAGACAUCACUUAUUCUAGUUUUGUCAUUGACACAGUACAAGUUCGGAAAGAACAAAAAGUGCGGAAACCUGAAUUAAAGUCAGCUAGUUUUAUCGAUAAGAAGUUGCAAACAUUUUCUUAUAAUUAAAAUACUAUAAUUGUUAACUUUUUUAAGCUUUUGAUAUCAUAUAUAGUACAGGUUGCUAUUUGCCGACAGAAACUUAAUAUUUCGCUACAAUAAGUUCGUAAGGACUCCGUAAGCUAAGUUUAAAAGUGAGCGUCAUCUCAUCCUGAAAGACCAUUUUAGGAUACAUAGCAAAGUGGAACAGCAGGAUGGUGUCCCAGUAACGAAGGCCCUGUCAACAACGGCUUUAAACAAUGCUCAGCAAGAAAAUAAGAAGUUCGAGACGAUUGAUGCUAGAAUCAAGAUACAAUAACUAAUACAAUAAUCACUUGAAAUAAGGGCUAAUAGAGAAAAAAAAAUGUGAAAUAGGUUAACGUAAUUCAAUAUUAAAAAUGAGCCGAAAUUUUUUUGUUCAUGGUGUGUUAGUACCACAGGCAGCCAAAGCUCAGUAUAUGAGUGCAAAUGGCAAGGCUGGAUGGUUUAAAGCGUAAACGCGUUGUUUUCGCUUCGGCCUCUCGCACUAGACGAAGUAAGGCACGAUUACAUCAAGGUCAACGUAAGGUGCUUCGUCGAUUAAAAGUAAUGUGGCAAAUAACGGCAAAAGAAUCACACAUUUGCAAAUAAAAGUCUGAGAUACCACUGGAUUGUUUGCGUGGACGCUACGGUUACACUCGAGGAUUCAUAAUUUUUUCGGACUCAUGAUUCCAGACUUAUUUUAUUGAGGGUGAUUCGGAUCAUUUCGUAAGCGUUCAUAGAGUCUUCAUUCUAAAAACGCUUUCGGAUUCCCAACAGUUUACACACAUGGAAAAUACUGGGUGGCUUAAGCAACGACGACGGCGACAGCAAGGAGAACAAAGUCAAAAAGCAAAAGGCUUUAAGUUAAACGACAAGUUUUGCAUCUGUAGCACGCUUUUUGGUACAUUUCUUUGCCAAUGGAGAACGUGAAAAUAAACAGACGGUUAUGAGUUUUUCUUUUCCAGUUCAAACUUGGGAGCGGUUCCCAAGGAUUCAACUCCAGUGAAAUUCACCUACAUUUGCCGUUUUGAGCAAAUUGGAAUAAACGCAGAAAAGUUUUAAAAAGCGCGAAUUCGUUUUAAUGGUGACGUAUUUGCUACCCUCGCCAUCAAUAUUUGUAAAGCAUCCUAUAUUCACGAACGUGGCACUUACAUUUUGGUUUUAACGCAAACUCUGAUGAUUGGAGGAAGAAAGUAUUAUGAUUCGUUGGAAGAACUGUUUACUUUACAAAACAUUGAGAAAUUAAAAUUAAGGUAAUUAGAUACCAAUUUUUCACGUUCGAUUCGGAUUCAAAAUCUUCAGAGACUUGACCAAACCGGGAACUUUUUUAAAAAGGCGACAAAAAAUUUUUCAGUUUACUUAGGGAUGUCAUAAACGCUUAGGUUUACAGUAACCUUACCUUUGGGGACAUUGUCGAGGGGGUGGGCGAUUUGCUGAGUUGUUCGUACCACUGAAAAAAUCCUGGCUACGCCCCUGAUUAAGGCAAAGUUUAUCAGAAUAAUCCAACUAGCCUUGAACCUAGAAAAACUUGACGCGAAAGAGUUUGGGGGCAACUACAGGGCAAUUAAUAAAGAUUUCUCAUUCGUCAUAGACCUUAGAUAACAUUAGCAGGAAGAAAAAAGUAAAAGGUUUUAGUUUUAGUCGCUUUAUUCUUUUUUUGGGCAUUUUAUUCAUUGCAUAAACCUUUCAUGGUGGACUAAAGGGACAACAUAAAAAAAAAUGUAUUUCCUUCUUACUGGGUGCACUUUGCCAAACCGCUGCAAUAGCCACGUAACAAUGUUCCAAUGAUUUCUUCCUGUCACUCUAUGUGUGAUUGACUUAAUACAUGAAGAGGCUAAGGUCUUGCUUGAUUAACCGUAUUCCGGUUUAUACGGGCGACAAGAGGAGCCCGCAAUCCUAAUUUCCAGGUUGUUAUUACGCAUGCGUCGUUUGAACUUCCACUAAGAAUGUAUGGAAUGCACGACACACUUUGAUCAUGCACGUUUGGACUUUCUAUCACUCUUAAUCUGAUCACGCGUGUUUUGACCAUCUGUCACGUGAAACUUACGCAACGUACAACCCUGGAGCAAAAGCUUUUAGACCCUCGAUCGUUGUCGCCAACACUCCGUAACCUUUGGUAAUAACUAGUUACUAAGAAUAAACGGAUUAAGCUCUAGUUUUGCAUUCAUUGCAUUACUAUGCCUAUAAUGCUCCUUGAAACAAAAAGUAUUGCGAAGUAUAACUCCAAAAGCCAAGGAAGACUUAUGACAAAACUUGCGUAUCCGUAUUCCGUAAUACGAUCAAUCGAAACCACCCUAAACUGAUCUAUUGUGUUCGCCCACACCAAACAGCUUGCUUUGUUUAUGUCCAGCCAGCUGAGUCAAGGACUUGUAUAAGGAGGCCUACACAUAAAUAUACUGAUCUUAUAGCUAAGUACAUUUUACUGAACAGAGCUGUCGUUGUCACUUGCAACAUGUCCGCAGAGGGGAAGACAGUGUUUGAAGCAUCUGUUACCGGGACUUUUCCAUCGAAGAAUAAUGGAACCGUCCUUGAGGUUUGCCAUUUCUUUGCUUUUGCAUGUUUAAAUACCGUGUCUUCGCGAAACCCAGGUCUGACUUGUUAAGUGUUGGCAAGAUCUGAGGAAGAGAUUAGUAGAAUUAAUGGCGCACCUGAUUUCAACGUUGAAAUGUCAGUAAUAAAAAAUAAGCGACAACAUUGGAGGACCAAGCGCUAAAGUAAUUAGCUUUUACAGUGUAUGUGUUCUGUGGAAAACGAAUGACAGGAAAUGCAUUUCUUGGUUCAAACUAUAUGAGUACUGACAGUACUCCGGCAAGCGUUAUUAGUUUCUGUCUGGACUCGGACUUCAUAUCUUAAUUUUUACAUUUUUUUUCCCCUAUCAGGCAUAUAAAAUCACAGUUCUGUACUCUGAUGGGAGCAAAAUGGCCCUUCGGAAAACAUAUGAAGAUUUCAUUGAGUUGCAGGUACGUUUCGGUUGAUCGAUGUGAAAUACGAAUUAACUAAAUAUUUCAAGGUUCCACUCCGAAAUCAUGUUCAAGUUGUAAAGCGAUACUCAGUAAUAAAACUGAGUUUAUUGAAGAUGAUAAUUGAUAUGUAGCCUGUUUUUGUAAAAAGUAACAGCUCGCCAGGUUGCAGUCUUUGUACUGGAGAGUAUUGUACUUUACUGAUCACCUUGGGUUUAGGUCCAGGCAUUGAAAGGGAAAGCAGGCGUUAAGUCUGUAAGCAAAUUUAAGAAUUGUAGUACUGAAAACUACAUGUAUACUAAUUUCAAAUGCAUACAGUUUAACGUAGAUUUUCGUAAAUAAAAAUUGAGAACUAUUUAAACAUGCCAAACAGCAACGGUUACAUUCAUCAAAACUUCAAUUCUUCAAUUCUCACAGGCGUAUGUACUGUCAUUACAGUCAAUAGCUGUCAGAGAAUCUCUGCAGAAAAGAAGAAUUAAAUGUGCAAAUUUUGAACAGGACAUUGCUUCAAGCGCUAUGUCAUUUCGGUGUGUUACUCAAAAGCUCAACAACCAAGAACUCUUCGCUGGGACCACUUAACCGUCGUCUAGCUCUCGAGAGACUGGGCAAAACUACGUUCUUCAGGCCAAUUAACGAUUCGAUACACGUGCACUUCAAGCGUGAGGGUACCGUGUGAUGUUACAUAACAUGAUGACACUCGGAACAACGUUUGGUAUCGUAUUGCAUAAUAUUAUUAUGAUCGCUAACGUAAGGAUAUGCACCAGAAUCCGAUUAAUAAAGAGAUUCAAGAAGAUAAUUACACGCAACCCCCCUUCAGUUCUCAGUACACGAGGAAGCCGUAUCUUAUUUUAAUGAUGUUCGUGUUAGUUGAUAUAUAGUUUAUUUUUGUAAACAGUAACAGUUCGUCAGUUUGCAUUCUUUGUACUGAUCACCCAGGGUUUAGGUUCAGACACUGGAAGGAAGGCAGGCGUUAAGUUUGUAAGCAAAUUUAAGAAUCGUAGUACUGAAAACUACAUGUAUACUAAUUUCACAUGCAUACUGUGUAAAAUAGAUUUUCGUAAAUCAAAAUUGAGAACCAUUCAAACAUUCCAAACAGCAACGAUUAAUGUCAUCAUCACUUCAAUUCUUCAAUUCUCACAGUCGUAGGUACUGUCGUUACAGUCAAUAGCUGUCAGAGAAUCUCUGCAGAAUGAGAAGAAUUAAAUGCGCGCAUUAAAGUUUGAGUGGUUACGAACUAGACCAGGAGAUUUCUUCAAGCGCUAUGUCAUUUCGGUGUGUUACUCAACCAAGAACUCUCACGCUGGGACCACUUAACUGUGGUCUAGUUGUCGAGACGCUGGGCAAAACUGCGUUCUUCAGGUCCAUUAACGAUUCAAUACACGGGCACUUCAAGCGUGAGGGUACCGUGUGAUGUUACGUAACAUGAUGGCACGCGUAACAACGUUUGGUAUCGUAUUACAUAAUAUCAUCAUGAUUGCUAAUGUAAGGAUAUGCACCAGAAUCCGAGUAAUACUGAGAUUGAAGAAGAUAAUUAUACGCAAACCCCCCUUCAGUUCUCAGUACACGAGGAAGCCGUAUCUUACUUUAAUGAUGUCCAUUGCUUACCGCUUCCUGUGAAGACAGACUUUUUUCCUGACCAGUUUGUUUCCCGUGCAGUAGUCACUCAUAAAGAAUGCUGAGAGAUAGAGGGAGUAAGAAAUCACUUAUUAAUAAAUGCUCCUGACUAAAAAAGACGAUGAAGCUGUUGGAUUGAAGUGUGUCAGUUAGUUUUGUAGUUAUUUCUUCCAUUCCAAAUCAAACUAGCUUAGCCGGAAAAAUGUUUAAUUCUAAACUGAUACCACAGUCUGCAUUUUGGCAAACACUGACAAAUAGAAAUCUACUGGCCUCAAUUGGCUGGAGAAAUAAAAUUUUAACUUAUGUUUUUGGAGUGUUCCUCUUCGAUUUGAUUUGUACUCAGUUUAACUACGCUUUCAUACUUCCGCUCCGCCGAGUGCUCCAUUGUAUCAACACUUAAGCCUCUUAAGUGCACGCUGUUAUUCCCGUACUUAAUUCGGUUCACUUAUUUCAUUUCGAUCGUUUUAGCUGCUGGUGGAUAUGAGUAAAUUAUUUUAUUUCUGAACUAUAACCAGUAUAAAAAAACUGUAUGUUCUAUAACAAACUACAGCUACAGUUAGCAUGAAUAAUACUGAAUAAUAUUAAUAAUAAUAAUAAUAAUAAUAAUAAUAAUAAUAAUAACAAUAAUGAUAAUAAAUUAUAAUCGAAUGCGAAUAGUUACUAUCAUUGCACUGCGGGGUUCUCGCAAUUAGUUAGAUACAACUUGACCUGAUUUCCGUAUAAAACCUCCAUCCUCCAUUCAUAUAACUUCAGGAAGUUAUUCAUGCUGUGAAAAUUGUAAGCUUAAGCCCUUUUAAAAUUUCCUUUAAUUUCAGGGCACGGUUUAUGACUUACUCAAGCAAAAUUGUGGUUAUUCAAAGAAGACUGCAAAAUCUCUUGUCAAAAGCUUACCAGGUAUAGUGAUAUGCGUAUAAAUCAUUGCUGCUCUGAUAGGCAACUGCAAAAUAUUAAUUUUUUCUCAAAAUAUGUAGUUUCAGUAAGUGACCGGCAACUGUUCGUCAUUAGGAUGCCUAAAAUGUGUGCAAUUCCACAAUUGAUUUCGGCCUCAGUGUUUCAGUCGAUUGACUGUAGAUUCAAAAUCUUGCAUCCAAAUACUCUGAAGGUAUCAAAAGAUUGUUUAAGCAUCAUGAAAUAGUUAUUUUGGAUGAAAUUGAAGACUUUUUUUCGAAUACAGGGUUCAUGACUUAAGUGUUAUCACUAAGAGAACUCAAAACAGGCUUCUAUUUUCCCUUCGUUUUAUCAGCCACAGACGUUCAAUGCCGAGGAGAAAUCCAGUGCAGUAGUUUGUUCAAUUUUGUAAAACCCAUUUUUCCUCAAAAGUCUAUUCUUGUUUAUAACAAAGCAGUCCUAAGUUUUUGAAGAGUUCGAGAUCACCUAAAGUAAAUGCAGAUUCAACCAUUUUCAAAUAUUUUUUACACAGUUUAAACGUCUUAACUGCAACUUUCGUUACUCUUUCAUUUUAUUUUUUUCCAAUACAUAAAAACGAACAUCUUAUUUUAUUAAAUAUGACACAAAUCUUUCUCUUUAACUUAUCGAACAAAUCACAUGUUACAACUCGUAAAUUGCAGUUACUGUACCUUAUAGUGUUCUUGUUGUUGUUUUCUUUAAUUUCUUUUUUUCCUAUGUAUUUUUGUCACCAUUGUUAUUGUCAAUAAAGUGCUAUAGAAAUUAAUUAAAAAUUAUUUUUGUUAAAAAGCUCUGAGUAUAGAAUAGAAAAUAAAAUGCACGUUAGUUGAGGCCCUGUGUUUACAUCGUCACAUCAUCUAGUUGAUAAGACUUUCCUUUUCUUGGCAGAGUUGAAAAAUUCCUUCUCCCAAAGUCUUUUCAAAGAGGACGAUUUGAAAAAGAUUCAGAGACUGGAAAAGUUUAUCAAGGUAAAAACAUAGGUUGGUUAGGAUCAAGGGGAAAUUUUUUUCUGUUGGGUGUGGAGCAAAGAACAUCGGCAACAGAAGUCAUAUCGACAAGCGACUCAAAGGCUAAAACAGAAUGCGACGUGCAGGCCUGGGUUCCAUUUUCUAUACUCUCUAUGAAACGGAUUCUUUCAGACGUCGGAAGCUCAGUAAACUGCCGGCUCCAGCUAAUGAGUUGAGCUUCCUGUAACCUACAUCUAUCCUAGAUUACCACUAAACCGGUAUUCCUAAUUUCAGAAAACAAUAAACAUGAAAUGUGAUUUGGCAGUAUCCUUUAUGCGUAUAACACGCCUGGAAAACUGUUUCAGUUAUUUUUGCUCAGUUUACCAGGAGAGUCAGGACUACUCCCAUGCAGUUUCUGUUGUUAAAGUUUUCAAUAAUGGGAUUAUCACCCAGUUAGAUAUAUAAACUGGAAUUUAACUUAGUUAUGAGAGGUUUAUAAAGGUGGACAGAAACCGGGCCGAAUCGGAUUAUUAUAGACCGUCCUACCUUAGUGUUUCAGACAAAACCUUUCCUUCAUCUUGACUCUAACAACAACUCUUUUUGUAUUCGUAGGAUUUGCUCAUCCUUCCAGCUGUGGUCCGAAAUUCAGAAAGCGUCAACAAAUUUUUUGGUGCAUUUUUGGAAAAAACAGUAACAUGUGAAAGGUUUGGCCGAAGAAAGUUACAUUUUUAACUAAAGAGUGACUGGAACAUUAAAAUCUAAUGAUACAUUUUGUUUUUAGGUCAAAAAAAGAGGAAGAGUUAAAAAAAGUCAAUAAAGUGGUCGAAGUUUUAAGUGGUACGUAAAUUUUAUGAUUAAUAUCCCAUUUUCACCUUCUAUCCAUCAAUCCAUCCAUCUGUCAGUCUGUCCGUCCGUCCGUCCGUUCAUUCAUUAUUCAUUCAAUCCGCAUCCAAUUCUUAGAUAUUGAAUUGAAUUGUCGUUUAUGACCGUUUAUGGUAUUUCCUCUUUCAAUAAAAAGCCAUUGUCCUCAAAACUAUUUUUAAACCAUCCAUUUUUUAGGACGAGAUCCUCUCCGAACCUUACCAAGGAGUCUAAUAUUUUCAGACGACCUAAAGUCCAAAAGCAAGAGUCCUCCACGACCCGGUCUGUUUGGGAGAACAAUUUCUGAGCCAGGUAUCAGGGCAAACACUACUCGGGCACCAGUCUUGACAAAGAGACAGUUUAGCGUUGGUGUUGGCAUUGCCGAGAUGUUCAAGGAGAACUUAAACUUUAUAUCAAACAUGACCCAAGCAGAACAUUCCCAAAGUGCUGCUACGCCGCAGCCUCCUGGCGAGACGAAGGAGAGUCACUCCAGAGGUGAAGAUACCACUGGAGAUACAGAAGAAACCAUAACUGGAAUAGAGGAGGCUUGUAUCCAACUGAAAUCAGCUCAGAGUGAAAAUAGCCCCAGAGGAACAAAGUAUUUGGCUAUCUCGUCAUAUGUUGCGGAGGAAAGCGGAGAGGUAUCUCUUCAAUCCGGAGAAGAAGUCGAAGUCUUCGAGAAACGUUCCAGUGGUUGGUGGUAUGUGAAAAAGGAAAUGGAAGAGGGAUGGGCACCAAGAACAUUUCUUGAACCAGUUCAGGUACUCCGGUCAAAAUCUGCCGAAACACUGGAUCUGGCUCAAUGCAAAGAAACGAAAGGAACAAUCAUGAGAGAGAGUGAGAUGGGAUUCCAAGUGCAAGAAAAACAGAGGGUACUUCAUCUCAUUGGUCAAUUAUGUUGUCCUUCACAUAAAAUGCCAUAAGAGUUUAUUCUGUUCUUGGAAAGUUCUAAAACGGUUUCAGUUUUUUGACUGAUUUGUAGUGAAUAAUCUCCUUAUCAUUUACCAUUUUUAAUCGGCUGAGUUCUGUUUUUCUGUCAAUCCCUGUAGCAAUUGAGUGUAGGGCAGUAUCGAGAGCAAGGGCAGACGUGAAAGACAACGAGUGUAGAACUUAACAGAAGUGGGAGCAUAAGGCAAAACAGAGAAAUUAAAAACCAACCCACCAGUUCCAAUGCCAGCUUACAGACUUGUAGUGAAACCUGCAUUGUUCUGCAUUUAGUGGAUCAGUAUUCAGCGGAGAAGACUCCCUGUGUACGAGUCGUACGAGUCUUAUGUUUUGGAGGAAAAAUCUGUAUUUAGCGAACCAUUAGCAGGGUUCCCGAGGAUGUCCAAUGGAAACAGGGGUUAUUGUAAUAUUGCUACCCUACAUACUCGGGUGUAGUUUAACAAUAGUAAUCUGUUUCUAAAACAUGGUCUCUUUCCUCUGUUACGUCAUAUGUGAAUGUCAUGAAUGAAUGUCUACAGUAUUCCGGAAAGCUUAUCAAGUCACACACGAAAAAUUCUCCAGCCUGGUAUGAGCACCUGUUCGUACUGCUACUGGUAGAGAUACCUAUCCAACAGGAGCCAUCUACUUUUAAGAUUUGCGUGGCAUAGAUUCGCUUCGAAAUCGUCUUUUUGCUGUGUGAGCCCAAUUUGAUAUUGUUUUCGUAAGCAGUGUAGAGAUAGGCUUAGUAGAGGGUCUGAAUGGUGGGGUCCACUUAUCGGUUGUCGGUUAAAAUCUACUUACUUUGUCGGUAGUCAAAUUUUUCUUUCAAAUUGUGUCGGUAGCCUCUGUCCAUCGAGCGUUCUUUUGAAAUUUGAAACACUUUCCUCAAACUCCUUUGACAAAUCAGUGGGCGACAAGGGGCGAAAUGUGUGCUGGAAGGUUUCCUUAGUCUUUACAUCAAGGAUAACAUUUUCUUUGAAUCUUGUGCCUUAGUAUACAACUGUGUCUAAGAACAUCGUCUCAGUGAAUUUCGGUGGUGAAUUUAAUAGUAGGAUCAUGUAAGUUUGCUUCUUCGAAGAAAGUUACGAUGUCUGGUUUAAAGAAGGUUUUGCUUAGACUUUGUUUUUCAAUAUAUGGCAUGAAAAUGUUGACAUAGGGAACUGAUGUCCUUGUGUCCAUCGCAAAGACCAUCGCGGUACCGUGGGUUUGUAAGUAGAGCUUUCCAUUGAACCAAAAAAAAAUUUCUUUCAGUAUUAAUCUAAGCACUUCUGUCGCAGGUAAUGUGUAGGACUAGGCGGGUUGAAUUGUAGAAAUUUUCAUACGCUCUGCAAACCGAUUUCAAUACCCUCGUUUUGUGGUAUAUUUGGAAAAAGACUCGUGAUAUGGUAUCUUUGGUUACUUCCUAGAAAGGUAGAAAAAAUACAAUAUACUCUUCUCUCUGAAAGAAAAUAUAGAUAAUGUCAGUCCAUGUUAGUAGUCGGUUAAUAUUUUUCCUGUCGGUAGUCGGUAAUAUUUUGUGCCCUUUGUCGCUAGUCGGUUAACCCCCUUCGCACCCUCUUAGUAAACAUCACAAACGUGAUCGAUCUAAAUGACGUAAUAGGGAAAAGGAUAUUUGCAUUUUGGUGGUAAUAGUAACAAUAAAGGUAUUAUAUAAUAGAAAGAAACUGCAUUCCUUUUUUCUAAAAAAGAUCUCCAUACUUUAGAAUUUGCAAUAGUGUUCCUAUGGGUCCGGAAAAUUCGUUUAAAGACUAUUAAAUUUCGAAUUUUUAACAACCUAGGGAAGCAUGCAAUAUGAUGAAAUACAAAACUUAAUAACAAAGAAAAGAACGCAGACAAAAUUUGAAGUGUUCCUGUUGACGUGUUUAACUUGAUGAUGGAUCAUGCAGGCUCUUCCCGGUUUAUGUGCAUAGCUAAAACUGAAAUUUCAUAGAGGCAUAAUCUACAGUUUACGAAGCAAUCCCCUAGUUUCGGAUCUCAUUAAAUGUUUGUAUGAAAAUGUUAGAGGACCUAUCAGAAGGCGUGUAGAAAAGCACGACCAUAAUAUCAUAUCUAUAGAAAAUAUAUAAAUAGAAUUUCUAUAUAUAAAUAGAUAGAAGUGCGGAAGUACAUGAACGUGACCAGUAACAAUUAAGUAACGUCAUAGCCUUAAACUCAUUGUUUUUUCAAGCUUCCUCAAGAGAAGGCAAAAAGAGGUUAUAAAAACAGCUGAGCAUUUUUUUUGUUACUUAGUCGCUGAGUCAAACCAGUGAAAACGAGUCACAAGAAACGGAAUCAACUGAGAUGGACCGAAGGGUAAAGCUUGUUUCAGUGGAAGGAAUUCAGAAACGCAAGACCCCAGAUAAAAAAUAUGUAAGUACUGCAAACCGGUUGGUUAGUAAAUCACCUAGUGAACGGCGAAUUCCACUUUCUGCAAAUAUUUUCCAAUUACCGUCAGAUUGAAAGGGGAGAGUCGGAUCGUUGUUAAUUGGUCCCGCAAUCAGUAGGAUUACCACUAACGAACCGAUAGGCCUAAAUCAGUUCAAUUUAUUGUCUUUGAGCCACUUAUCGUCUACCUGUUGUUCGCCUAAGUGAAGUUAACGGCUCGUCAGUAUACACAGACAUUAUUAAGGUCAAGCCAACAAAAAGCGUACACUAAUUAAUUAACUGUAUGCAAUAGCUGCCUUAUAUUUUUUAUUAGCUGUUACUUCUCCUUAUUCAGCAGAUAGUGCUGGAGAACGCAUCAGUGUUUUGUAAAGGGGUUUAAGAAAUAUCCUAAAUGCAAAAUUUUGCUAAUUUGCCCCCGUCUAGGUUUACAUUCUCAAAGUGCUGUGGUCGGACGGAAAUAUUAACAUCAUCUACAGACAGUGCAGCGAUUUCUACUUUCUACAGGUUUGAAACAUAAUAACUGCGUUAGGCGAAGGCGUGGAACGUUUCAUGAAGCUCAUCAAAUUUUAAUUUGGGUCUGAAAGUUGAUCCAAACUCCUUGCAGGGGAAAACUUAACUCAAGACAGACGUCAAACUUUUCAUGAACUUUAGAUCGGCUCAAUUUGGUUCGUCUUAUCAAUGAAAAGUUCGAUGUUAAUGACCUUAGUUAGUCUUAAAUAAAUUUCUUGUUCUCACUUAGACCAACUUUAGAAGUCGAACUUUUCACGGACCAGUAUCUAAAUGCCACUGAGGCAGAACAAUAGACUUUGUCAUAAGCAUUAUAUUUGGCAGAGUGAACGAGUUUGACUCUUGAAAAAGGUCUUGAAACAGACCUUAGAAGGAGCAGUUUCCACUUCAGUACUGGCCAAGUAUCAAAUUUCCUGGUUGACGAUUCCAUUGUUGACUUGACCAAAGGGCUGAUACUGUGGCCGCCAUCUCUUUUUCAUUGGGAGCUAGUGCCCAGCAAUCAUUUUCGCUCCGUUGACAGUUUUUCGAGCGAUAUCACUCAGUUUUCCUUUUCAGACGUUUGAUUAAUUAAAAAAAAACUAUCAUAUAUGAACUAUGGAUGCAAAUUUGAAUAAAGAAAUAUUCAUUGCAGCUAAUAAGUAGAUUCAAAUCCAAUGAUCUUCCCUUAACCCGCCAGUUUGAUGCAGUCCGGUCAGCUGUGUUAUUAAGCAGCAUUGACGUCAGAACCUGGUUAUUAUAAGUCUUUAUUUCAUUUGAUUUGUUCCUUAUUGUGGGGAAAAUUGAUCGCUUUUAUUAGGAUUUGUGUUUGAAAAAAAUUUUCAACUGCAUUUAAAUCCUUUUCCAAUGCGACACCCAAACUGGGAGCCAAAUUGAAGUUGUUUUUACUAAUUGAUAUAAAGACAUACAUGUACUGAAAAUUCCUUUCAAACCCACUAUAGUUUUUAACAUAUACUGCUAUUUCGAGAAAGGUUUUAGGGUAAAGUGCACGCGACAACCCCGAAAGGUAUUGUCGGUGGUUUUGAGUCCACUGUUUUUCAAAGAAAUUUGAAAGAAUGGCAGGAGAGGUCAUGCACAUAUGUUUGCGAGUGUUAAAGGAAAGCAACAAAAGUAGAUUCGACAGCUAGAGUGUCAGGGACAGUGUAUUGAGCAUAUUCCAUAUUACCUAACGGGAUUGUCGAUUUCUUUCUUUCUCGAAAUAGCUGUAAACAGAAAUGCGGGUAAUUAAGCUAUCCUUAUACAAGCUGAAAAAGGAAUAGUAAUAAAUAAUUUCCAAAUGUGUUAGUUGUGAGAAAAUUGUGUAGUCUUUAUUGACGUCCGAACUUGGUUAAGUCCUUAUUUCAUUUGAUUUGUUCCUAGUAUUGGUUAGGAAACUUCAUCGCUUUUAUCAGGAUUUGUGUUUGAAGAAAAUUUUCGACUGCAUUGAACUCCUUUUCCACUGCGACGCCCAAAUUGUUUUUACUAAUCGAUGUAAAUAAAGACAUACAUCUACUGAAAAUUCCUUUGAAACCCACUUGUUUUUAACAUAAAAACGCAAAGGCGGGUAAUUAAGCUAUCUUUAUACCAGUUGAUAAAGGGAAUAGUGAGAAAUAAUUUCCAAAUAUGAUCGUUGUGAAAAUAUUGAUUAUUUUUCCUAUAGGAAAACCUCAAAAAAAGAAUUUCCGAAGGGCACUGGCAAAGAAAUUCCCGUGUUAAAAGGUGAGAAAAUAAAAUGACCUAAAUGCUCCGAAAAUUAAUUCUGUGGUCACAAUGAAGGGUUUAGUUGCUAAAGAAACUAUGAUAUCGAUACUGCGUUGUUGGGAGAGGAAAUCCGACGAAGGGACGUCAGUUUGUCAAUCUGUUUAAGUUGGCUUUAAAAUUUUCUGACUUUAUUGACUCAUUUGAUCGACCUAUAAUUUUUGUUUUGGUCAUAACUAGUUAGGUUCUCGAUCAUGAUCAAUAUACAAAAAUGAUUCAACUCAAUACAAUUCCGGUUUGACGUUGAUCUUUUUCAGGAAGAAAAUUUUCUGAAAACUGCGAGUUUUGCUUCAAGGAUGGAACAUGCAAACGAAGACAGUCUUUGAACAAGUUUUUUCACGUGAGUAUAGAAACAAGAUGAAGGAAAAUUGGUCAGUAAAAUUGUGGAAAUCUACUCAGAUUAUCCCUUCGCGAUAAACACGAUUUCCUCAAAUCGAAUGGCUUAGUAAAUUGUUAUUAUUUAUCUUGUGAAUUUUCCUAGUUACUAGGAGCUCAAUUUUAUGGUUUUAAUUUGUUCAUACUAAUUUUCCCUUUUUUUUUCCUUCAUUUUUUAUAAGGACCUUAUCAACGCUCCUGAUGAUAUUUCAAACUGCCAAGCUGUCCUCCUCUUUUGUCGGGCUCGACUCAGUGAUUUGCGCCCUCAUGAAACGUACGUAACCUGAUUAUUCUGAUGAUCACACGUAGCUUUCUCUCUGACCUUAGAUAUGUCGAUUCUGAUUAACAUCAUCAUAAUCUUCACUAUUACCACCACCACCACCACCACCACCAUCAUCAUCAUCAUCAUCGUCAUCAUCAUCGUUGUUCAUCGUCGGAUUAUCAUCGAUCAUUAUGGUUAUACUGUCUUUCAACCAGAAGUAAUUAAAAUUUAUACAAUUUGAGACACUAACCCAAGAACUUAGGUAAAGAAUUCGAAUUCUGCUACUUCAACUUAUUUAUAUUAAUAAGAGGGUUAUCUUUUUCUGUCUGCAUUUCUGUUAGACAUUAGAUGAAUAACAAAGGGGUGGCAGAAGAACGCCCGGUUGGGGCCGGGGUCGGUGUCUAUGCUGUUUUAGGGUUUGGGUUAGGUUGAGGGUUAGUGUCAAUCCUAACCCUAACCCUAAAACAGCAUUCUCUAAAAAAAAAAAAAAGACCCGGACGCCGACUCCGACCCCGUGAUUUACUGACACCCAUAAAAAGUUGGCAAAAUUUGAAGGAGGUGAUGAAAGGUGUGCAUUAAAUUUUUAGAAAUAGAGAUAAAACAGUAUGACUUUAAUAUAAAUUUUAAAGCCAGAAACUGCAAAAACUAUUCGUUUCAUUUUUUGUUUUGUACUUUCUUCAUUUUCAGACCUAGCAAAGCUAACAACAAGACGAAUGAAAGUAAGUGACAAAUGCAAACUAUGCGCUUUUCGCUUUUUCUUUCAAAAGGAGAAACAGAGAGUUGACUAGAGAUUGAAACUGCCUCAGCCCUUUUGAGUCCACGUACUCGCAUUGUCAGACAAUGUCCCCAACAUGCUAGCUAGGAUAAGGAACUACACAAACUAAAAACAAACGAUGAUGGGAUGAACAGUGCUUUCUGUGUAAUAUGUAAGAAAUACUUUUCAGGGGGGAAUUUCUUUCUUAACUCUUUUUUUUAUUGCAGGUGAUAAUAACGACAGUGUUCAGAUAUCAGGACCUGUGGUGUUUGAGCAGUACAUAGCCAUUGCUGACUACAAAAAGAAGAACAAGAACGAUAUUUCACUGACAGCUGGUGACACUGUUGAUGUUAUCAAAAAGAGCGAGUUUGGUAAGGAAUAUUAGUUUUCAGCCAACUUUGUAUACUUCUUAAAUGUAAGUUAAUGAACACUUAAUCUAACUGUUACUGCAUUCUAAAGCAGUUUCAUUCAUAAAUAAAACUAGAUUUUAUGUCUUAAUCCUUUACAAUUAUCCGCAACGGUCGCUUCUAACCUCAAGUUGAGCUUUAGCCAAACGUACUAUUACGUCUUAUUCGGGCUGGACUUCAUAAAAAACUUAAAGCGCCCACCACUGUUUUUUUGUGUCUUUAAAAAGCUGAUUUUUUCUUAUGUUGACUUAUUCAUCAUCGAGAAAUGGAGGAACGAGGCAAGAUAUAAUUCGAUUGUUCCAGCUAUGCCCACAGCGCGAGAUCUAUACAGCAAUCAGUGUCUGGAGACAAAUAUCAAUACCGACGCAUCUUAAAUAGUAAUAAUUUAAUAUAUGUACUAUUUUUUUUAAGGUUGGUGGUUGGUUGACCGUGAAGGCGAGUUAGGCUGGGCUCCUGCGUCACAUCUGGAGCCUAGUGAUGAUGGGGUAGAGAUCACUGCCUCCAGAACCUUUGCACCUGGUCAAGGUAGAUGUUACACAAGCUUAUGUAACCUUAAGUAUGAUUGAGCAACGCGGAGAAACACUUAAACAAGAAAAGUAAAUUAAAGUAAAAAGCAACAACAGACAUUAUAUCAUCUUUCCCAUCGUCCUCCAUAAAUGGUAUUUUUUUGCUAUAAAAAGUGAUCAUGAUCGAAAGCUUGGCCUAAACUACACCGAUAAUUUUGGAAAGUUUGGUUCAUAAUACUUUAAAGGUAACUUUAUGCGGCAUAUUAUAAGUAAUAUAACCACGUCAAUAAUGGUGUUUUUUUUUUCAAUUUUAAUGCGCAGAGGAAGCAUAUCAGUCGAUGCAAAGCUAUGAAGCAAGAGCUGAAGACGAACUUUCUUUUGACAUUGGUGUUACCCUCAAAGUUGUAGAAAAGAACCUAGAUGGAUGGUGGCUAGCUAGGUAAGACAGUGAUAGAACGUUUUUAGUAGUUGCAAUAAUAACUGAAAUGGUUUACACACAAUGCCUGAAUACACACAUGACCACAUGACACUGAAAUCUCCCAAAAUUUCAAGCGCCGGAUUCCACCUUAUUACAACAGAUCGCUCAGCGAUCCACCCUUAACACUUUGCUCAAAUAUACGUGGGCCCCAGACCUCCCACAAAAUACUCUCCGACUCACGCUAGGCGAUCGCUAUUUAAGGGGUUAUCACAUUUACAUGGUUUUUAAGUUAGAAAAUGACUGACUGUUUUUACUUUUGGGUCGAUCGUUUGAAAAUUGAGUGAUUAAGAGGUAGCAGUAACGAGUUUGCCAAACGAUAAUAGGCAUAAGUAAUAUUAAAACCUAUCUACUUUUACACUUCUUAGAUACCAGGGCAAAGAAGGCUGGGUGCCUGCAGUGUUUCUGUUACGAGUAGUUGAGUCUGAUGAUUCUUCGCCUUCAUCUAGUGGAAAAAUUUGUGGACUGGGGGACAUUGUGUCCUCUCAACGGGGUAGGUGAUUUGUUGCAUUGAUUAAUUUUAUAUUUACAGUUUUGAACAUUUCCUUAUUCCUUCCGUGUAGGAACUAGGUAAGGGAAUUUGCAUGGAUCUACGUUUUUCAUUUUAACAAGAGAGCUGAGCAGUCACACGUCAGUAGUUUCGACCCCAUACUAAACCAUAAUAAAUGCUUUAUAGUUUAAAUUUACCUAUUUGGUGUUUUUCUACUUCAUCCACAGGCCAAAUAAUAUUUCGAGGUUUCCUUUGUUCUUUUCUACGAAAGAAAAAUCAUGAUCCAAAGUAGCGUUACUGAACUACUGGGCAGGCGUGUCGCUCAUUCUUUUUCAUGGCUACUUUAGUGGUCUCCCUCGCAGCCUGUUUUGUCACGUCACGAACGCCCUUCCCCAUAACUCCAAUCCAUCUUUCUAGAAUGUUUAUACUUUUUUACUGGGCUUCGACCUGACCUAUGGGGAGGGCCAGGAAUGAGACACGCGGGUACCAUGCGGGGUACCCUCCCCCCCCCCAUUCCCACAUUCCGUAAAGACAGAACACCAGCGGUUGUGACCAGGGUUAAGACUAUGAGGUUUGGUGUGGCUGUUGCCGUAGGAAUUGAUUCCUAUCUUCCUUUCUAAGUCUGGUAUUUAACGAUUGUAACCAACUGAGCUAACCAGUAAUCCUAUAACGUUAAUUGAUUAACGCAACCAUUUUUUCAUAAUAGUUUCUGAAGAAAGUGACAGUGUGACAGGCCGAAGAUCACCUCCCACAAGGCGAAUUCUGGUAAGUUCUUCCUCUGUCAAUUUUUCGCCAACCUAGCGUUGCUUUUCACCGCUUCUAUCUUACUUCUUUCUUUAAAACGUUUCUAUAUUUCAUGAAUAGCUUAAUAAACGAGGAAUUUCAAUAAUCGUUGGACUUUUAUAAGAGCUAAACCCUUAAAACAUUCAUAAAAUUGUAAUUUCUUUUUUUUAAAAUUCGUAUUUCCUUAGUAAUGGAUUAUCAUCGAAAAUUGCAUUUACUAUUUUUUCGUUUUCCGGCAGGUUAAGCGAUCGAUCAAAAAGAGGCCAAAUAAAAAUGUCACUCCUCCUCAGCCCACUGAAAGAAAGCCGAAAGAAAAGGAACAAAAUCAGGGAGAUACGAUAUCUUUUUCAAGCGGAUAUCAUACCUCUUCAAGCAGCAGUCUGUCCUCUCUAGUUUCAGAUGUUUCUAUACCUGAAACGGAAAGCGUUGUGCAGUGUACAUUACCGGGUAGUUCUCAUAGCUGUGUAGUAAGCUCUGCUCCAAAACAAGUUUACUCCAGCUCAAAUCUUGUAACAACAUUAGCACAGGAUGCGAAUACAUCCGGGUCUUCUGUGAAUGGAAGUGCACUGAGCUCAGGAAGAAGAAGUCCCAUUCCAUCACCAAGAAGUAAAAGCCCCAGACGCAGCCCCCAGCCGAGAAUUGAUGAAAUUAGAGCAACUCCUGUAGAGUUCAUCUCUGAAAAGGAGCAAGAAAAUGAUUCUCAGAUCACGAGGUAUCAAGCCAUAUACACGUACAUCUCUCAAGACAAAAACGAAAUUACCAUUAACGAGGGAGACAUAGUGGAGGUACUUAAGCGGAGCAGCAAUGGCUGGUGGCUUUUAAGCGCAAAUGAUCAUCAGGGUUGGGGUCCAUCAAAUUUCUUGCAACCAGUGUAAAUGGACGGAACUUUUAUUUAGAAGAGGAAUCUUUCAGGGAAUUCCGGAAUGCUUGCUUAGUCAGGGAAAUGCUACUUCCAAAGUGAAAUGUAAUUUGAAAUGAGACAUCACUUAUUUUAGUUUUGUCAUUGACACAAUACAAGUUCGGAAAGAACAAAAAGUGCGGAAACCUGAAUUAAAGUCAGCUAGUUUUAUCCAUAAGAAGUUGCAAAUAUUUUCUUAUAAUCAAAAUACUAUAAUUGUUAACUUUUUUAAGCUUUUGAUAUAAUAUAUAGUACAGGUUGCUAUUUGCCGACAGAAACUUAAUAUUUCGCUACAAUAAGUUCGUAAGGACUCCGUAAGCUAAGUUUAAAAGUGAGCGUCAUCUUAUCCUGAAAGACUAUUUUUAGAUACAUAGCAAAGUGGAAUAGCAGGAUGGUGUCCCAGUAACGAAGGCCCUGUCAACAAGGGCUUUAAACAAUGCUCAGCAAGAAAAUAAGAAGUUCGAGACGAUUGACGCUAGAAUCAAGAUACAAUAACUAAUACAAUAAUCACUUGAAAUAAGGGCUAAUAGAGAAAAAAAAUGUGAAAUAGGUUAACGUAAUUCAAAAUUAAAAAUGAGCCGAAAUUUUUUUGUUCAUGGUGUAUUAGUACUACAGGCAGCCAAAGCUCAGUAUAUGAGUGCAAAUGGCAAGGCUGGAUGGUUUAAAGCGUAAACGCGUUGUUUUCGCUUCGGUCUCUCGCACUAGACGAAUUAAGGCACGAUUACAUCAAGGUCAACGUAAGGUACUUCGUCGGUUAAAAGUAAUGUGGCAAAUAACGGCAAAAGAAUCACACAUUUGCAAAUAAAAGUCUGAGAUACCACUGGAUUGUUUGCGUGAACGCUACUGUUACACUAGAGGAUUCAUAAAUUUUUCGGAUUCAGGAUUCCGGACUUAUUUUAUUGAGGGUGAUUCGGAUCAUUUCGUAAGCGUUGAUAGAGUCUUCAUUCUAAAAACGCAUUCGGAUUCCCAACAGUUUACACACAUCGAUAAUACUGGGUGGCUUAAACAAAGACGACGGCGACAUCAACGAGAACAAAGUCAAAAAGCAAAAGGCUUCAAGUUUUGCAUCUGUAGCACGCUUUUUGGUACAUUUCUUUGCCAAUGGAGAACGUGAAAAUGAGUUUUUCUUUUCCAGUUCAAACUUGGGAGCGGUCCCCAAGGAUUCAACUCCAGUGAAAUUCACCUACAUUUGCCGUUUUGAGCAAAUUGGAAUAAACGCAGAAAAGUUUUAAAGCGCGAAUUCGUUUUAAUAGUGACGUAUUUGCUACCCUCGCCAUCAAUAUUUGUAAAGCACCCUAUAUUCACGAACGUGGCACUUACAUUUUGGUUUUACCGCAAACUCUGAUGAUUGGAGGAAGAAAGUAUUAUGAUUCGUUGGAAGAACUGUUUACUUUACAAAACAUUGAGAAAUUAAAAUUAAGGUAAUUAGAUACCAAUUUUUCACUUUCGAUUCGGAUUCAAAAUCUUCAGAGACUUGACCAAACCGGGAACUUUUUUAAAAAGGCGACAAAGAAUUUUUCAGUUUACUUAGGGAUGUCAUAAACGCUUAGGUUUACAGUAACCUUACCUUUGGGGACAUUGUCGAGGGGGUGGGCGAUUUGCUGAGUUGUUCGUACCACUGAAAAAAUCCUGGCUACGCCCCUGAUUAAGGCAAAGUUUAUCAGAAUAAUCCAACUAGCCUUGAACCUAGAAAAACUUGAUGCGAAAGAGUUUGGGGGCAACUACAGGGCAAUUAAUAAAGAUUUCUCAUUCGUCAUAGACCUUAGAUAACAUUAGCAGGAAGAAAAAAUAAGAGGUUUUAGUUUUAGUCGCUUUAUUCUUUUUUUGGGCAUUUUAUUCAUUGCAUAAACCUUUCAUGGUGGACUAAAGGGACAACAUAAAAAAAUAUAUAUAUAUAUUUCCUUCUUACUGGGAGCACUUUGCCAAACCGCUGCAAUAGCCACGUAAUAAUGUUCCAAUGAUUUCUUCCUGUCACUCUAUGUGUGAUUGACUUAAUACAUGAAGAGGCUAAGGUCUUACUUGAUUAACCGUAUUCCGGUUUAUUACGGGCGACAAGAGGAGCCCGCAAUCCUAAUUUCCAGGUUGUUAUUACGCAUGCGUCGUUUGAACUUCCACUAAGAAUGUAUGGAAUGCACAGAACACACUUUGAUCAUGCACGUUUGGACUUUCUAUCACUCUUAAUGUGAUCACGCUUGUUUUGAGCAUCUGUCACGUGAAACAUACGCAACGUACAGCCCUGAAGCAAAAGCUUUUAGACCUCCCAUCGUUGUCGCCCACACUCCUUAACCUUUGGUUAUAACUAGUUACUAAGAAUAAAUGGAUUAAACUCUAGUUUUGCAUUCAUUGCAUUACUAUGCCUAUGAUGCUCCUUGAAACAAAAAGUAUGGCAAAGUAUAACUCCAAAAGUCAAGGAAGACUUGUGACAAAACUUGCGUAUCCUUAUUCCGUAAUACGAUCAAUCGAAACCACCCUAAACUGAUCUAUUGUGUUCACCCACACCAAACUGCGUGCUUUGUUUAUGUCCAGCCAGCUGAGUCAAGGACUUGUAUAAGGAGGCCUACACAUAAAUACACUGAUCUUAUAGCUAAGUCCAGUUCACUGAACAGAGCUGUCCUUGUCACUUGCAACAUGUCCACAGAGGGGAAGACAGUGUUUGAAGCAUCUGUUACCGGAACUUUUCCAUCGAAGAAUAAUGGAACCGUCCCUGAGGUUUGCCAUUUCUUUGCUUUUGCGUGUUUAAAUACCGUGUUUUCGCGAAACCCAGGUGUGACUUGAAAAGUGUUGGCAAGAUCUGAGGAAGAGUUUAGGGGCAUUAAUGGCACAGCUGAUCUCAACGUUAGCAAUUAGGAAGUUUCUUUCUUUAAAUGUUAGUAAUAAAAAAUAAGCGACAACAUUGGAAGACCAAGCGUUAAAGUAAUUAGCUUUUACAGUGUACGUGUUCUGUGGAAAACGAAUGACAGGAAAUGCAUUUGUUAUAAAAAAGUGAAAAAGUAAGCUUUCUUGGUUCAAACUAUAUGAGUACUGACAGUAUUCUGGCAAGCGUUACUAGUUUCUGUCUGGACUCGGACUUCAUAUCUUAACUUUUACAUUUAUUCCCCUAUCAGGCAUAUAAAAUCACAGUUCUGUACUCUGAUGGGAGCAAAAUUGCGCUACGGAAAACAUAUGAAGAUUUCAUUGAGUUGCAGGUACGUUUCAGUUGAUCGAUGUGAAAUAAGAAUUAACUAAAUAUUUCAAGAUUCCACUCCAAAAUCAUGUUCAAGUUGUAUAGCGAUACUCAGUAAUAAAACCGAGUAUAUUGAAGAUGAUAAUUGAUAUAUAGCCUGUUUUUGUAAAACGUAACAGUUCGCCAGUUUGCAUUCUUUGUACUGGAGAGUAUUGUACUUUACUGAUCACCUUGGGUUUAGGUCCAGACAAUGAAAGGGAAGGCAGGCGUUAAGUCUGUAAUCAAAUUUAAGAAUUGUAGUACUGAAAACUACAUGUAUACUACUUUCACAUGCAUACAGUUUAACAUAGAUUUUCGUAAAUUAAAAUUGAGAACCAUUUAAACAUGCCAAACAGCAACGGUUAAUUUCAUCAAAACUUCAAUUCUUCAAUUCUCACAGGCGUAUGUACUGUCAAUACAGUCAAUAGCUGUCAGAGAAUCUCUGCAGAAUGAGAAGAAUUAAAUGCGCGCAUUAAAGUUUGAGUGGUUACGAACUAGACCAGGAGAUUUCUUCAAGCGCUAUUUCAUUUACGUGUGUUACUCAAAAGCUCAACAACCAAGAACUCUCACGCUGGGACCACUUAACUGUGGUCUAGUUGUCGAGACGCUGGGCAAAACUGCGUUCUUCAGGCCAAUUAACGAUUCAAUACACGGGCACUUCAAGCGUGAGGGUACCGUGUGAUGUUACGUAACAUGAUGGCACGCGUAACAACGUUUGGUAUCGUAUUACAUAAUAUCAUCAUGAUUGCUAGCUAAUGUAAGGAUAUGCACCAGAAUCCGAGUAAUACUGAGAUUGAAGAAGAUAAAUAUACGCAAACCCCCCUUCAGUUCUCAGUACACGAGGAAGCCGUAUCUUACUUUAAUGAUGUCCAUUGCUUACCGCUUCCUGUGACGACAGACUUAUUUCCUGACCAGUUUGUUUCCCGUGCAGUAGUCACUCAUAAAGAAUGCCGAGAGAUAGAGGGAGCAAGAAAUCACUUAUUAAUAAAUGCUCCUGACUAAAAAAGACGAUGAAGCUGUUGGAUUGAAGUGUGUCAGUUAGUUAUGUAGUUAUUUCUUCCAUUCCCAAUCAAACUAGCUUAGCCGGAAAAAUAUUUAAUUCUAAACUGAUACCACAGUCUGCAUUUUGGCAAACGCUGACAAAUAGAAAUCUACUGGCCUCAAUUGGCUGGAGAAAAAAAAUUUUAACUUAUGUUUUUGGAGUGUUGCUCUUCGAUUUGAUUUGUAAUCAGUUUAACUACGCUUUCAUGCUUCCGCUCCGCCGAGUGCUCCAUUGUAUCAACACUUAAGCGUCUUUAGUGCUCGCUGUUAUUCCCGUCUAUUAAGACGUACUUAAUUCGGUUCACUUACUUCAUUUCGAUCGUUUUAGCUGCUGGUGGAUAUGAGUAAAUUAUUUUAUUUCUGAACUGUAACCAGUAUAAAAAAACUGUAUGUUCUAUAACAAACUACAGCUACAGUUAGUAUGAAUAAUACUGAAUAAUAAUAAUAAUAAUAAUAAUAAUGAUAAUAAUAAUAAUAAUAAUAAUAAUAAUAAUAAAUUAUGUUCUAUAACAAACUACAGCUACAGUUAGUAUGAAUAAUACUGAAUAAUAUUAAUAAUAAUAAUGAUAAAUUAUAAUCGAAUGCAAAUAGUUACUAUCAUUGCACUGCGGGGUUCUCGCAAUUAUCGACAAUUAGUUAGAUACAACUUGACCUGAUUUCCGUAUAAAACCUCCAUCCUCCAUUCAUAUAUCCUCAGGAAGUUAUUCAUGCUGUGAAAAUUGUAAGCUUAAGCCCUUUUAAAAUUUCCUUUAAUUUCAGGGCACGGUUUAUGACUUACUCAAGCAAAAUUGUGGUUAUUCAAAGAAGACUGCAAAAUCUCUUGUCAAAAGCUUACCAGGUAUAGUGAUAUGCUUAUAAAUCAUUGCUGCUCUGAUAGGCAACGGCAAAAUAUUAAUUUUUUCUCAAAAUAUGUAGUUUCAGUAAGUGACCGGCAACUGUUCGUCACUAGGAUGCCUAAAAUGUGUGCAAUUCCACAAUUGAUUUCGGCCUCAGUGUUUCAGUCGAUUGACUGUAGAUUCAAAAUCUUGCAUCCAAAUACUCUGAAGGUAUCAAAAGAUUGUUUAAGCAUCAUGAAAUAGUUAUUUUGGAUGAAAUUGAAGACUCUUUUUCGAAUACAGGGUUCACGACUUAAGUUUUAUCACUAAGAGAACUCAAAACAGGCUUCUAUUUUCCCUUCGUUUUAUCAGCCACAGACGUUCAAUGCCGAGGAGAAAUCCAGUGCAGUAGUUUGUUCAAUUUUGUAAAACCCAUUUUUCUUCAAAAGUCUAUUCUUGUUUAUAACAAAGCAGUCCUAAGUUUUUGAAGAGUUCGAGCAUCACCCAAAGUAAAUAAAGGUUCAACCAUUUUCAAAUAUUUUUUGCACAGUUUAAACGUCUUAACUGCAACUUUCGUUACUCUUUCAUUUUAUUUUUUUCCAAUACAUAAAAACGAACAUCUUAUUUUAUUAAAUAUGACACAAAUCUUUCUCUUUAACUUAUCGAACAAAUAACAUGUUACAACUCGUAAAUUGCAGUUACUGUACCUUAUAGUGUUUUUGUUGUUGUUUUUUUUAAUUUCUUUUUUUCCUAUGUACUUUUGUCACCAUUGUUAUUGUCAAUAAAGUGCUAUCGAAAUUAAUUAAAAACUAUUUUUGUUAAAAAGCUAUGAGUAUAGAAUAGAAAAUAAAAUGCACGUUAGUUGAGGCCCUGUGUUUACAUCGUCACAUCAUCUAGCAUCUAGUUGAUAAGACUUUCCUUUUCUUGGCAGAGUUGAAAAAUUCCUUCUCCCAAAGUCUUUUCAAAGAGGACGAUUUGAAAAAGAUUCAGAGACUGGAAAAGUUUAUCAAGGUAAAAACAUAAGUUGGUUAGGAUCGAGGGGAAAUUUUUUUCUGUUGGGUGUGGAGCAAAGAACAUCGGCACCAUACAGAAGUCAUAUCGACAAGCGACUCAAAAGCUAAAACAGAAUGCGACGUGCAGGCCUGGGUUCCAUUUUCUAUAAUCUCUAUGAAACGGAUUCUUUCAAACGUCGGAAGCUCAGUUAACUGCCGGCUCCAGCUAAUGAGCUGAGCUUCCUGUAACCUACAUCUAUCCUAGAUUACCACUAAACCGGUAUUCCUAACUACAGAAAACAAUAAACAUGAAAUGUGAUUUGGCAGUAUCCUUUAUACGUAUAACACGCCUGGAAAACUGUUUCAGUUAUUUUUGCUCAGUUUACCAGGAGAGUCAGGACUACUCCCAUGCAGUUUCUGUUGUUAAAGUUUUCAAUAAUGGGAUUAUCACUCAGUUAGAUAUAUAAACUGGAAUUUAACUUAGUUAUGAGAGGUUUAUAAAGGUGGACAGAAACCGGGCCCAAUCGGAUUAUUAUAGACCGUCCUACCUUAGUGUUUCAGACAAAACCUUUCCUACAUCUUGACUCUAACAACAACUCUUUUUGUAUUCGUAGGAUUUGCUCAUCCUUCCAGCUGUGGUCCGAAAUUCAGAAAGCGUCAACAAAUUUUUUGGUGCAUUUUUGGAAAAAACAGUAACAUGUGAAAGGUUUGGCCGAAGAAAGUUACCUUUUUAACUAAAGAGUGACUGUAACAUUAAAAUCUAAUGAUACAUUUUGUUACUUAGGUCAAAAAACGAGGAAGAGUUAAAAAAAGUCAAUAAAAUGAUCGAAGUUUUAAGUGGUACGUAAAUUUUAUGAUUAAUAUCCAAUUUCCACCUUCUAUCUAUCCAUCCAUCCAUCUGUCAGUCUGUCGGUCCGUCCGUUCAUUCAUUAUUCAUUCAAUCCGCAUCCAAUUCUUAGAUAUUGAAUUGAAUUGUCGUUUAUGACCGUUUAUGGUAUUUCCUCUUUCAAUAAAAAGCCAUUGUCCUCAAAACUAUUCUGAAACCAUCCAUUUUUAGGACGAGAUCCUCUCCGAACCUUACCAAGGAGUCUAAUAUUUUCAGACGACCUAAAGUCCAAAUGCAAGAGUCCCCCACGACCCGGUCUGUUUGGGAGAACAAUUUCUGAGCCAGGUAUCAGGGCAAACACUACUCGUGCACCAGUCUUGACAAAGAGACAGUUUAGCGUUGGUGUUGGCAUUGCCGAGAUGUUCAAGGAGAACUUAAACUUUAUAUCAAACAUGACCCAAGCGGAACAUUCGCAAAGUGCUGAUGCGCCGCGCAUUCAGCCUCCUAGCGAGACGAAGGAGAAUCACUCCAGAGGUGAAGAUACCACUGAAGAUACAGAAGAAACCAUAACUGGAAUAGGGGAGCCUUGUAUCCAAAUGAAAUCAGCUCAAAGUGAAAAUAGCCCCAGAGGAACAAAGUAUUUGGCUAUCUCGUCAUAUGUCGCGGAGGAAAGCGGAGAGGUAUCUCUUCAACCCGGAGAAGAAGUCGAAGUCUUCGAGAAACGUUCCAGUGGAUGGUGGUAUGUGAAAAAGGAAAUGGAAGAGGGAUGGGCACCAAGAACAUUUCUUGAACCAGUUCCGGUACUCGGGUCAAAAUCUCCCAAAACACUGGAUCUGUCUCAAUGCAAAGAAAUAUUGGAUGGCAUUAAUUGCGAAGGACCAAUCGUGAGAGAGAGUGAGAUGGGAUUCCAAGUGCAAGAAAAACAGAAGGUACUUCAUCUCAUUGGUCAAUCAUGUUGUCCUUCACAUAAAAUGCCAUAAGAGUUUAUUCUGUUCUUGGAAAGUUCUAAAACUGUUUCAGUUUUUUGACUGAUUUGUAGUGAAUAAUCUCCUUAUCAUUUACCAUAAAAUCGGCCGAGUUCUGUUUUUCUGUCAAUCCCUGUAGCAAUUGAGAGUAGGGCAGUAUCGAGAGCAAGGGCAAAAGUGAAAGACAACCAGUGUAGAACUUAACAGAAGUGGGAGCAUAAGGCAAAACAGAGAAAUUAAAAACCAGCCCACCAGUUCCAAUGCCAGCUUACAGACUUGUAGUGAAACCUGCAUUGUUCUACCUUUUUUGGAUCAGUAUUCAGCGGAGAAGACUCCCUGUGUACGAGUCGUACGAGUCUUAUGUUUUGGAGGAAGAAUCUGUAUUUAGCGAACCAUUAGCAGGGUUCCCGUGGAUGUCCUAUGGAAACAGGGGUUAUUGUAAUAUUGAUACCCUACAUACUCGGGUGUAGUUUAACAAUAGUAAUCUGUUUUCUAAAAUAUGGUCUCUUUCCUCUGUUACGUCAUAUGUGAAUGUCAUGAAUGAAUGUCUACAGUAUUCCGGAAAGCUUAUCAAGUCACACAUGAAAAAUUCUCCAGCCUGGUAUGAGCACCUGUUCGUACUGCUGCUGGUAGAGACACCUAUCCAACAGGAGCCAUCUACUUUUAAGAUUUGCGUGGCAUAGAUUCGCUUCGAAAUCGUCUUUUUUCUGUGUGAGCAAAAGCCCAAUUUGAUAUUGUUUUCGGAAGCAGUGUAGAGAUAGGCUUAGUAGAGGGUCUGAAUGGUGGGUCCACUUAUCGGUUGUCGGUUAAAAUCUACUUACUUUGUCGGUAGUCAAAUUUUUCUUUCAAAUUGUGUCGGUAGCCUCUGUCCAUCGAGCGUUCUUUUGAAAUUUGAAACACUUUCCUCAAACUCCUUUGACAAAUCAGUGGGCGACAAGGGGCGAAAUGUGUGCUGGCAGGUUUCCUUAGUCUUUACAUCAAGGAUAACAUUUUCUUUGAAUCUUGUGCCUUAGUAUACAACUGUGUCUAAGAACAUCGUCUCAGUGAAUUUCGGUGGUGAAUUUAAUAGUAGGAUCAUGUAAGUUUGCUUCUUCGAAGAAAUUUACGAUGUCUGGUUUAAAGAAGGUUUUGCUUAGACUUUGUUUUUCAAUAUAUGGCAUGAAAAUGUUGACAUAGGAAACUGAUGUCCUUGUGUCCAUCGCAAAGACCAUCGCGGUACCGUGGGUUUGUAAGUAGAGCUUUCCAUUGAACUAAAAAAAAUUUCUUUCAGUAUUAAUCUAAGCACUUCUGUCGCAGGUAAUGUGUAGGACUAGGCGGGUUGCUUUGUAGAAAUUUUCAUACGCUCUGCAAACCGAUUUCAAUACCCUCGUUUUGUGGUAUAUUUGGAAAAAGACUCGUGACGUGGUAUCUUUGGUUACUUCCUAGAAAGGUAGAAAAAAUACAAUAUACUCUUCUCUCUGAAAGAAAAUAUAGAUAAUGUCAGUCCAUGUUAGUAGUCGGUUAAUAUUUUUCCUGUCGGUAGUCGGUAAUAUUUUGUGCCCUUUGUCGCUAGUCGGUUAACCCCCUUCGCACCCUCUUAGUAAAUAUCACAAACGUGAUCGAUGUAAAUGACGUAAUAGGGAAAAGGAUAUUUGCAUUUUGAUGGUAAUAGUAACAAAAAAGGUAUUAUAUAAUAGAAAGAAACUGCAUUCCUUUUUUCUAAAAAAGAUCUCCAUACUUUAGAAUUUGCAAUAGUGUUCCUAUGGGUCCGGAAAAUUCGUUUAAAGACUAUUAAAUUUCGAAUUUUUAACAACCUAGGGAAGCAUGCAUUAACUAUGAUGAAAUACAAAACUUAAUAACAAAGAAAAGAACGCAGACAAAAUUUGAAGUGUUCCUGUUGACAUGCAUGUUUAACUUGAUGAUGGAUCAUGCAGGCUCUUCCCGGUUUAUGUGCAUAGCUAAAACUGAAAUUUCAUAGAGGCAUAAUCUACAGUUUACGAAGCAAUCCCCUAGUUUCGGAUCUCAUUAAAUGUUUGUAUGAAAAUGUUAGAGGACCUAUCAGAAGGCGUGUAGAAAAGCACGACCAUAAUAUCAUAUCUAUAGAAAAAAUAUAAAUAGAAUUUCUAUAUAUAAAUAGAUAGAAGUGCGGAAGUACAUGAACGUGACCAGUAACAAUUAAGUAACGUCAUAGCCUUAAACUCAUUGUUUUUUCAAGCUUCCUCAAGAGAAGGCAAAAAGAGGUUAUAAAAACAGCUGAGCAUUUUUUUUGUUACUUAGUCGCUGAGUCAAACCAGUGAAAACGAGUCACAAGAAACGGAAUCAACUGAGAUGGACCGAAGGGUAAAGCUUGUUUCAGUGGAAGGAAUUCAGAAACGCAAGACCCCAGAUAAAAAAUAUGUAAGUACUGCAAACCGGUUGGUUAGUAAAUCACCUAGUGAACGGCGAAUUCCAGAAUGCCUUAAUCUUGUUUUCAAUAAAAAUGGAAUUCAGCAUUAGAAAACCUUAGAAAAUGUCAUUAAUUUUAGUCACACUUUCUGCAAAUAUUUUCCAAUUACCGUCAGAUUGAAAGGGGAGAGUCGGAUCGUUGUUAAUUGGUCCCGCAAUCAGUAGGAUUACCACUAACGAACCGAUAGGCCUAAAUCAGUUCAAUUUAUUGUCUUUGAGCUACUUAUCGUCUACCUGUUGUUCGCCUAAGUGAAGUUAACGGCUCGUCAGUAUACACAGACAUUAUUAAGGUCAAGCCAACAAAAAGCGUACACUAAUUAAUUAACUGUAUGCAAUAGCUGCCUUAUAUUUUUUAUUAGCUGUUACUUCUCCUUAUUCAGCAAAUAGUGCUGGAGAACGCAUCAGUGUUUUGUAAAGGGGUUUAAGAAAUAUCCUAAAUGCAAAAUUUUCCUAAUUUGCCCCCGUCUAGGUUUACAUUCUCAAAGUGCUGUGGUCGGACGGAAAUAUUAACAUCAUCUACAGACAGUGCAGUGAUUUCUACUUUCUACAGGUUUGAAACAUAAUAAUUGCGUUAGGCGAAGGCGUGGAACGUUUCAUGAAGCUUAUCAAAUUAUAAUUUGGGUCUGAAAGUUGAUCCAAACUCCUUGCAGGGGAAAACUUAACUCAAGACAGACGUCAAACUUUUCAUGAACUUUAGAUCGGCUCAAUUUGGUUCGUCUUAUCAAUGAAAAGUUCGAUGUUAAUGUCCUUAGUUAGUCUUAAAUAAAUUUCUUGUUCUCACUUAGACCAACUUUAGAAGUCGAACUUUUCACGGACCAAUAUCUAAAUGCCACUGAGGCAGAACAAUAGACUUUGCCAUAAGCAUUAUAUUUGGCAGAGUGAACGAGUUUGACUCUUGAAAAAGGUCUUGAAACAGACCUUAGAAGGAGCAGUUUCCACUUCAGUACUGGCCAAGUAUCAAAUUUCCUGGUUGACGAUUCCAUUGUUGACUUGACCAAAGGGCUGAUACUGUGGCCGCCAUCUCUUUUUCAUUGGGAGCUAGUGCCCAGCAAUCAUUUUCGCUCCGUUGACAGUUUUUCGAGCGAUAUCACUCAGUUUUCCUUUUCAGACGUUUGAUUAAUUAAAAAAAACUAUCAUAUAUGAACUAUGGAUGCAAAUUUGAAUAAAGAAAUAUUCAUUGCAGCUAAUAAGUAGAUUCAAAUCCAAUGAUCUUCCCUUAACCCGCCAGUUUGAUGCAGUCCGGUCAGCUGUGUUAUUAAGCAGCAUUGACGUCAGAACCUGGUUAUUAUAAGUCUUUAUUUCAUUUGAUUUGUUCCUUAUUGUGGGGAAAAUUGAUCGCUUUUAUUAGGAUUUGUGUUUGAAAAAAAUUUUCAACUGCAUUUAAAUCCUUUUCCAAUGCGACACCCAAACUGGGAGCCAAAUUGAAGUUGUUUUUACUAAUUGAUAUAAAGACAUACAUGUACUGAAAAUUCCUUUCAAACCCACUAUAGUUUUUAACAUAUACUGCUAUUUCGAGAAAGGUUUUAGGGUAAAGUGCACGCGACAACCCCGAAAGGUAUUGUCGGUGGUUUUGAGUCCACUGUUUUUCAAAGAAAUUUGAAAGAAUGGCAGGAGAGGUCAUGCACAUAUGUUUGCGAGUGUUAAAGGAAAGCAACAAAAGUAGAUUCGACAGCUAGAGUGUCAGGGACAGUGUAUUGAGCAUAUUCCAUAUUACCUAACGGGAUUGUCGAUUUCUUUCUUUCUCGAAAUAGCUGUAAACAGAAAUGCGGGUAAUUAAGCUAUCCUUAUACAAGCUGAAAAAGGGAAUAGUAAUAAAUAAUUUCCAAAUGUGUUAGUUGUGAGAAAAUUGUGUAGUCUUUAUUGACGUCCGAACUUGGUUAAGUCCUUAUUUCAUUUGAUUUGUUCCUAGUAUUGGUUAGGAAACUUCAUCGCUUUUAUCAGGAUUUGUGUUUGAAGAAAAUUUUCGACUGCAUUGAACUCCUUUUCCACUGCGACGCCCAAAUUGUUUUUACUAAUCGAUGUAAAUAAAGACAUACAUCUACUGAAAAUUCCUUUGAAACCCACUUGUUUUUAACAUAAAAACGCAAAGGCGGGUAAUUAAGCUAUCUUUAUACCAGUUGAUAAAGGGAAUAGUGAGAAAUAAUUUCCAAAUAUGAUCGUUGUGAAAAUAUUGAUUAUUUUUCCUAUAGGAAAACCUCAAAAAAGAAUUUCCGAAGGGCACUGGCAAAGAAAUUCCCGUGUUAAAAGGUGAGAAAAUAAAAUGACCUAAAUGCUCCGAAAAUUAAUUCUGUGGUCACAAUGAAGGGUUUAGUUGCUAAAGAAACUAUGAUAUCGAUACUGCGUUGUUGGGAGAGGAAAUCCGACGAAGGGACGUCAGUUUGUCAAUCUGUUUAAGUUGGCUUUAAAAUUUUCUGACUUUAUUGACUCAUUUGAUCGACCUAUAAUUUUUGUUUUGGUCAUAACUAGUUAGGUUCUCGAUCAUGAUCAAUAUACAAAAAUGAUUCAACUCAAUACAAUUCCGGUUUGACGUUGAUCUUUUUCAGGAAGAAAAUUUUCUGAAAACUGCGAGUUUUGCUUCAAGGAUGGAACAUGCAAACGAAGACAGUCUUUGAACAAGUUUUUUCACGUGAGUAUAGAAACAAGAUGAAGGAAAAUUGGUCAGUAAAAUUGUGGAAAUCUACUCAGAUUAUCCCUUCGCGAUAAACACGAUUUCCUCAAAUCGAAUGGCUUAGUAAAUUGUUAUUAUUUAUCUUGUGAAUUUUCCUAGUUACUAGGAGCUCAAUUUUAUGGUUUUAAUUUGUUCAUACUAAUUUUCCCUUUUUUUUCCUUCAUUUUUUAUAAGGACCUUAUCAACGCUCCUGAUGAUAUUUCAAACUGCCAAGCUGUCCUCCUCUUUUGUCGGGCUCGACUCAGUGAUUUGCGCCCUCAUGAAACGUACGUAACCUGAUUAUUCUGAUGAUCACACGUAGCUUUCUCUCUGACCUUAGAUAUGUCGAUUCUGAUUAACAUCAUCAUAAUCUUCACUAUUACCACCACCACCACCACCACCACCAUCAUCAUCAUCAUCAUCAUCAUCAUCAUCGUUGUUCAUCGUCGGAUUAUCAUCGAUCAUUAUGGUUAUACUGUCUUUCAACCAGAAGUAGUUAAAAUUUAUACAAUUUGAGACACUAACCAAGAACUUAGGUAAGGAAUUCGAAUUCUGCUACUUCAACGUAUUUAUAUUAAUAAGAGGGUUAUCUUUUUCUGUCUGCAUUUCUGUUAGACAUUAGAUGAAUAACAAAGGGGUGUCAGUAGAACGCCGGGUUGGGGCCGGGGUCGGUGUCUAUGCUGUUUUAGGGUUAGGGUUAGGUUGAGGGUUAGUGUCAAUCGUAACCCUGACCCUAAAAUAGCAUUCUCUAAAAAAAAAAAAAAGACCCGGACGCCGACUCCGACCCCGUGAUUUACUGACACCCAUAAAAAGUUGGCAAAAUUUGAAGGAGGUGAUGAAAGGUGUGCAUUAAAUUUUUAGUAAUAGAGAAAAAAACAGUAUGACUUUAAUAUAAAUUUUAAAGCCAAAAACUGCCAAAACUAUUCGUUUCAUUUUUUGUUUUGUACUUUCUUCAUUUUCAGAUCUAGCAAAGCUAACAACAAGACCAAUGAAAGUAAGUGACAAAUGCAAACUAUGCGCUUUUCGCUUUUGCUUUCAAAAGGACAAACAGAGAGUUGACUAGAGAUUGAAACUGCCUCAGCCCUUUUGAGUCCACGUACUCUCAUUGUCAGACAAAGUCCACAACAUACUAGCUAGGAUAAGGAACUACACAAACUAAAAACAAACGAUGAUGGGAUGAACAGUGCUUUCUGUGUAUGCAAGAAAUAAUUUUCAAGUGGGAAUUUCUUUCUUAACUCUUUUUUUUAUUGCAGGUGAUAAUAACAGCGGUGUUCAGAUAUCAGGACCUGUGGUGUUUGAACAGUACAUAGCCAUUGCUGACUACAAAAAGAAGAACAAGAACGAUAUUUCACUGACAGCUGGUGACACUGUUGAUGUUAUCGAAAAGAGCGAGUUCGGUAAGGAAUAUUAAAGCGAAACCAGGUUUUCAGCCAACUUUGUUUACUUCUUAAAUGUAAGUUCAUGAACACUUAAUCUAACUGUUACUGCAUUCUAAAGCAGUUUCAUUCAUAAGUAAAACUAGAUUUUAUGUCUUAAUCCUUUACAAUUAUCCGGAGUGGUCGCUUCUAACCUCAAGUUGAGCUUUAGCCAAACGUACCAUUAUACGUCUUAUUCGGGCCGGACUUCAUAAAAAACUUAAAGCUCCCACCACUGUUUUUUUGUGUCUUUAAAAAGCGGAUUUUUUUAUGUUGAUUUAUUCAUCAUCGAGAAGUGGAGGAACGAGGCAAGAUGUAGUUAGAUUGUUCCAGCUAUGCCCACACCGCGAGAUCUAUACAGCAAUCAGUGUCUGGAGACAAAUAUCAAUACCGACGGAUCUUUAAUAGUAAUAAUUUAAUAUAUGUACUAUUUUUUUUAAGGUUGGUGGUUGGUUGACCGUGAAGGCGAGUUAGGCUGGGCUCCUGCGUCACAUCUGGAGCCAACUGAUGAUGGGGCAGAGAUCACCGCCUCCAGAACCUUUGCACCUGGUCAAGGUAGAUAUUACACAAGCUUAUGUAACCUUAAGUAUGAUUGAGCAACGCGGAAAGUAAAUUAAAGUAAAAAGCAACAACAGACAUUAUAUCAUCUUUCCCAUCAUCCUCCAUGAAUGGUAUUUUUUUGCUAUAAAAAGUGAUCAUGAUCGAAAUCUUGGCCUAAACUACACCGAUAAUUUUGGAAAGUUUCGUUCAUAAUACUUUUAAGGUAACUUUAUGCGGCAUAUUAUAAGUAAUAUAACCACGUCAAUAAUGAUGUUUUUUUUUUCAAUUUAUAUGCGCAGAGGAAGCAUAUCAGUCAGUGCAACGCUAUGAAGCAAGAGCUGAAGACGAACUUUCUUUUGACAUUGGUGUUACCCUUAAAGUUGUAGAAAAGAACUUAGAUGGAUGGUGGCUAGCCAGGUAAACAGUUAGGGACUGUUUUUUGCAGCUGCAAUAAUAAAAUGAUUUACACACAAUGUCUGAAUACAGAUAUGACACUGAAAUCUCCCAAAAUGUCAAGCGUCGGACCGGAUUCCACCUUACUACAACAGAUCGCUCAGUGAUUCACCCUUCACACUUUGCUUAAAUAUAUGUAGGCCCCAGGCCUCCCACAAAAUACUCUCCGACCCACUCCAGUCGAUCGCUAUUUAAAGGGUAGUCACAUUUACAUGGUUUUUAACUCGUGGGUACGCGCGAGCGUACCACGAGUUAUUGCAGGGACUGAGAUAUGCAAAUGAGUCACUCACUCACUCGUAGUAGACGCACUUCGUAAUUAAUCGGGUCCGAACUCGAGAGCGCGAAGAUCUAUCGUUUCCAAAGAAGGAUGCGCUCGCCGAAGUUCGGUAGCAUCAAAUUCAUCGCUGCGAGCGUGCAUCGUGCGCUACAGCACGGUUAGGAUCGAGGUCUUACCAAAUUUAAGACAGGCAGGAAUCUUUCAAAUUAGUACGAUUCAAAAGCCUUUGACCCGUCCAGCCGUUAAACUUGACAAGAAGAUGAGCAUUUGCUCUUCGACUCCUUCAACUUCGACGCUGGCUUGAUCUCCUACCUUGUAGCACUGUAGUAGGUUAUGUGUAUGAAUGAAUUUAUGGCCGUCAGUAUAAAACACGGACUGCGGACUACGGACUGCGGACUGGGUAUAAAAUACGGGCUAUAAAAUACGGACUGGUGAAAUGUAUGGUAUUUUCUUCUUAAGGACUCCCCAAGACCACGGGGGGAAAAUGGAUGUGAGUUUGAGCAUUACCUUUUUAAUAUAACAGCGGAAAUCGAGAUAAGAAAACAUAAGCUAAUGUUUUGCGUCCUUCUUCGCGGAGGAGUUGUGUCGGCUUUGCAUGAAAUGCCUUUACUUGUCAGUAGCCUGGUUUCAAUUAGCCUUAAUUUCAUCCCAUUGCUUCGAGUCGUUUUUAUGGCUCGCUCGUUUGCCGGCGGAAGUUCCAUGGAAAAGGCAUUAAAUUUGAGACUUUUCGCCAAAUCACGUGACGAUCCUCAAUGGCGUAGUGGCUAUGUGAGGUCGGGUCAAUCCGAAGGUACCGGGUUCAAAUCCCGUUAAUGAUCUUCUUUUUCCCUUCUUCCUGUUUUUUUCUUUUUUGUUUUGUCUUGUUUGCUUAUUUGUUUUGCUGUUUUUUUUUGUUUUGUUUUCAAAUAUAUACUUAAAUAACUGUUACUAAAGUGCAAUAAACAGCAAGAAAAGUAUUGUGUUUCCAGAACAAGGAUAGUAUAUUUAUCAUGAAUUUCUAUCAUUUUCUAAAAUUCAUUGUGGGAAAACCAGAGGUGAUAACUACUUGAUUAUUUUCUAAACAACGUACCCACGAGUUGAGGAUAGUCUUUCUUUGAUUAAGUUAGAAAACGACUGACUGUUUUUACUUUUGGGUCAAUCGUUUGAAAAUUGAGUGAUUAAGAGGUAGCAGUAACGAGUUUGCCAAACGAUAACAGUCAUAAGUAAUAUUAAAACCUGUCUACUAUUACACUUCUUAGAUACCAGGGCAAAGAAGGUUGGGUGCCUGCAGUGUUUCUGUUACGAGUAGUUGAGUCUGAUGAUUCUUCGCCUUCAUCUAGUGGAAAAAUUUGUGGACUGGGGGAUAUCGUGCCCUCUGAAAGGGGUAGGUGAUUUGUUACAUUGAUCAAUUUUAUGUUUACAGUUUUGAACAUUUCAUUUUUCCUUGCGUGUAGGAACUAGGUAAGGGAAUUUGCCUGGAUCUACGUUUUUCAUUUUAAAAAGAGACCUGAGCAGUCACACCUCAGUAGUUUCGACUCCAUACUAAACCAUAAUAAAUGCUUUAUGGUUUAAAUUUACCUAUUUGGUGUUUUUCUACUUUAUCCACAGGCCAAAUAAUAUUUCGAGGUUUCCUUUGUUUUCAACAUACUUUUCUACGAUAGAAAAAUCAUUCCCCAAAAUAGCGUUACUGAACUGCUGGGCAGGCGUGUCGCUCAUUCUUUUUCACUGGGCUACUUCAGUGGUCUCCCUCGCAGCAGGUGUUGUCACGUCACGAACGCCCUUCCCCAUAACUGCGAUCCAUCUUUCUAGAAUGUUUAUACUUUUUUACUGAGCUCUGACCUGACCUACGAGGAGGGACAGGAAUGAGACACACAGGUACCAUGCGAGGUACCCUCUUCUACCAUUACCACAUUCCAUAAAGGUAGAUUACCAGUGGCUGUGACCAGGGAUAGUGAAAUGUGAUGGUGAUGGCAAAUCAGUUUUUCUUCCUUUCACAAGAAGAAUAGAAAGUCUGCAUUUUUGCAAACGUAAAGCAAAUUUAGCACAUAUACUAAUUGUUUAGUCUUUUAAGACCAUGAGGUUUGGUGUGGUGGCUGCUACCUUUGGAAUUGAUCCCAUGCCUACCUCCCUAAGUCUGGUAUUUAACGACUGUAACCAACUGAGCUAACCAGUAAUCAUAUAACAUUAAUUGUUUAACGCAACCAUGUUUUCAUAGUAGUUUCUGAAGAAAGUGACAGUGUAACAGGCCGAAGAUCACCUCCCACAAGGCGAAGUAUGGUAAGUUCUUCCUCAGUCAAUUUUUCGUCAAUCUCUUAUAAAGCCUGACAAAAAGAUAGCUAGCGUUGUGUUUUAUCGCUUUAUCUUUCUUCUUUCAUCGUUUCUAUAUUUCAUAAAUAGCUUAAUAAGCGAGGAGUUUCAAUAAUCGUUGGAUUCUUAUAAGAGUUAAACCCUUAAAUGAGUUCCAUUACACCUAAAAACAUUCAUAAAAUAGUAUUUUUUUUCGUAUUUCCUUAACGGAGUAUCAUCGUAAAUUGCUUUUACUAUUUUUUCGUUUUCCGACAGGUUCAGCGAUCGAUCAAAAAGAGGCCAAAUAAAAAUGUCACUCCUCCUCAGCCCAUUGAAACAAGGCCGAAAGAAAAGGAACAAAAUCACGAAGAUACGAUAUCUUUUUCAAGCGGAUAUCAUACCUCUUCAAGCAGCAGUCUGUCCUCUCUAGUUUCAGAUGUUUCUAUACCUGAAACGGAAAGCGUUGUGCAGUGUGCAUUACCGGGUAGUUCUGAUAGCUGUGUGGUAAGCACUGCUCCAAAACAAGUUUACUCCAGCUCAAAUCUUGAAACAACAUUAGCACAGGAUGCGAAUACAUCCGGGUCUUCUGUGAAUGGAAGUGCAUUGAGCUCAGGAAGAAGAAGUCCCAUUCCAUCACCAAGAAGUAAAAGCCCCAGACGCAGCCCCCAUCCGAGAAUUGAUGAAAUUAAAGCAACUUCUGUUGAGUCUAUGUCUGAAAAGGAGCAAGAAAAUGAUUCCCAGAUCACGAGGUAUCAAGCCAUAUACACGUACAUCUCUCAAGAGAAAAACGAAAUUUCCAUCAACGAGGGAGACAUAGUGGAGGUACUUCAGCGGUGCAGCAAUGGCUGGUGGCUUUUAGUCUCAAACAAUCAACUGGGUUGGGGUCCAUCAAAUUUCUUGCAACCAGUGUAA